GGUGUGUCUUAAGUAGCUAUGGUAACUUUCAAGUUGAGGAUGCUGCGCGAUGCUCCGGGUGGCUGAAAUUGACGAAAGAUGGUUCGGAAAGGGGAGGGAGUGGGCUUCACUUAACAGCCGCUUCUUUCCGAGGAUUCGAAUAACCGCUGGCCGAGGAGCUGCCAAGUCACGCGAAUGACAAAGCGGAGCAACUUUCGGCUCGGGGACGGUUUGAGGAUCUGCAGAAGAAGAAGUGGCGACGGCAGGAGGAGGAGGAGGAGGACGGCGGCGAAGGCGGCUCUGCGCUGAAAAAGGCAGCGCCUGGAAAUUAUGCCCCGGGCGGCCAAAGCUUUGCUGGCGAUCGCGACGCCUGGCAGUUUCUGGGACUUGCCGUCGGAGUUGCGAAGGCGCACAGACCGGAGCGAGCCGGGGACGAAGAUGUUGGCGCUGCCGCAGCGGGGACUGCCGGGUCCCAGAUGGGGGCGCGAGGAGAGGGCAGCCGGUGGGGAAGAAGCCCUAAGCCCCUACGGCUCCGCGGAUGGGGACGCAUCCUAAGCAGGUGGCAGCCGUCGGGGGACUUCCAGCCGGGAUCUCCAGACCACGACCCGGGCUUUCGUCUUUUUCUCGCUCCCUCCAGUCCAGCCACUUGGAGGGCUGAGCCGGACUUCGCGCCAGGCCACGACCGAAGGGGACUAGGGUCCGUCUGCCUUUGGGGUGGCUGCUCAUUUGCGAAGGGAGGGCGCCCCCUCUCCUUUUUGCCGUUUCUUUGCCGGAUGCGCUUGCCUUGCUGUCUGGGCACGGGAGAGAUCCGAAGGCUGGGGCAGCUGUAGACUUGGCAGCGAGCCCCGCUGCGCCCCACAAGAAGUGGGAGUCGGGUGGGUGGAGAGAUCCUCUGACUUGGGGAGACUAAGGGUGUUUCUUCCCCCUCCCCCCCCACCCCCACGACUUCUGGAUCUCUUUUUCUCCCAACCAUUGGACGAUGGAGAGGUCCUCGAGCAAGUCCUAAAAUGCCGGUGAUGAGGGGCCUCCUGGCUCCCCAAAACACCUUCCUGGAUACCAUAGCAACCCGCUUUGAUGGCACGCGUGAGUUGACUUCCCACCCUCUCUUUUUUUAAAGUCCUCUUCCCUCCCCCACCCCCAAAUCCCAACCUUGUUGCCUUGGCCUCCGUAGGCAAGCUCGAGGGCUGUCACGUCUAGUUGUUGCCUCUGCAGAAGACCUCCACUCGCUGGGAAAACCUCUCUCCAAAAUAGGUUCAGGUCCCCCUCACUCUUACCACUCACAAUUCCAUUCCUGAAACCUUUCAUCCGAGCCAGCCUAGAUGGGCUGCUCAAGGAAGCGGUGGUGAUAGUGGGUUAGCACUCAUUCGAGCUUAGAGGCCUGUUUCGGAGGCAACACGAUUCCUACAUUCAAAGCGGUCCUUCUGGGUGGGGAAGAGCAGAGCAAAUUAAAACGGCGUGCGUGUGCAUCGUGCAAGGGGACACAUGCUGGGAAUCUGCAACUAACUGUAGCUCCCCAGGGUGUGAUGUACACGCAACACACUUGUGCAUUUAUCACAUGUGGUGCAAGCCACGUAUGGGCUGGGUGCUAUUCUUGAGUGGGCUGCAAAUUCAGUCAGAUUUCUCCCCCCCGAAUCUCAAUGGACUCUCCAAAAACCUAUACAAAGGUUGUUGGCGUUUUGUUUUUUUUAUGGCUUGCCACUGGGGGUUGUCAGUUACAGACCGUGGCCGCAGAAACAGUAGUUUUGUUAAGGGUUGCUGGAGGGUAUAUUACAGUGCCCAGAAUUCUUUGAGGGAAAGAAUGUGCUUUCAAGGUAUAGUGUGUGUGAGCACACUCUAUGAGAGGGCUGCUAUGCCUUUUAAGAUUUGCGCUAAAGGUAGAAUUUCAUCAAGUGGAAAUUCUCUCCCCCCCCCCCCCCAAAUUCAGUGAACCACUGUGGCUAAGGAGAGCAGCAUUUAGUAGAAAUCAUGGCUUUUAUGUCACUUACAGCAAUCCCUGGAGUCUCCAUUUGGUGACCCAAGUGAUCAGGUAUCCAAAAUAGCUUUUUCUUUUUUUCUUUUACUGUGUUCAGGAUCUUUUUCUUUCCGAAUUUAGGCCUAGGAUUCCUAGGGGAUGAAUAUGCCCUUUCUUUCUUUCUUUCUUUCUUUCUUUCUUUCUUUCUUUCUUUCUUUCGGUGCUUCAUGUAUAAACCUGAGAAUGCAAUGUGUGAAUGUGAUAGACAUGUUUGCAAACCUGUGUGUCAUGAGAUACACUCCUUAGGGCGCCAUUAUGAACUGCACUUUCAGGUUGUAUACACUUGUGUGGCAUGUGAAAUGGAACUUGGCUAUCUUGCAUCGUGUGCACCUGAAAUGUGAGAAUACAACAACCAGGUGUCUAUAGACACAGGUACUCUGCAAGCUGCGGUUCCCUGCUGGGUCUACCCUUGGCAACAAACCUUCAUUUGUCAUCCAUAUUCUGUGUGAAAAGGAGAGCUGGGCAAAGAGUCAUUUUUUUUAACAGGACUGGGCUUUGGAAAGGUUGACAGUUCAAUUUAUGCCCCUGCCAUUCUUUUAUGGAGAUAAGAGUGGUCUGUUCUGUGGUGUCAGAAGGGUGUAGCUAGAGAUCUGAUUUUUCAUUUUGACUUUCUUCCAAUGAGCUCAGGAUGGCAUACUCAGUGUCCUUUUAUCUCUCACAACAACCUUGUGGGGUAGGUUGGGCUUGAGAGGUGAUGACUGACUGGCCCAAGAUCUCCCACUGAGCUUCUCUUCUGAGCAAUGGUUUGAACCUGAAUUUCCUCACUCCAAGCCCACGACUGCAGCCACUAUCCCGGGACUUGGGUCUAAACCACUGAGCCACUUGGGCUUGCUGAUUGGAAGGUUGGUGGUUCGAAUCCCUGUGACGGAGUGAGCUCCCACUGCUCUGUCCCAGCUCCUGCCAACCUAGCAGUUCGAAAGCACGCCAGUGCAAGUAGAUAAAUAGGUACCCCUGCGGCAGGAAGGUAAAUGGUAUUUUCAUGCGCUCUGGUUUCUGUCAGGUGUUCUGUUGCGCCAGAAGCAGUUUAGUCAUGCUGGCCACAUAACCCAGAAAGCUGUCUGCGGACAAACACUGGCUCUCUUGGCCUGAAAGCGAGAUGAGUUCUGCAACCCCAUAGUCGCCUUUGACUGGACUUAACUGUCCAGGGGUCCUUUACCUUUUUUACCUUUUUAUACCUCACAGUCUCUCAAAAUAAUAGAGCAAAAACAAUUAUUGUCAACAUAAAAAUCUAAAGAAUAGAGGUGAACUGAAAUGGCUGGAUGUGUGUGUCUGAACUGAAAUGGUGAACUGAAAUGGCUGGAUGUGUGUGUGCUAAGGAGCAGGGUGUCCUUUUUGAUGAGGGAAGUGUCCUCUUUACCUUUUGUUACGAUGUUUAUUAGUGUCUUCCUUUGGAGAGCUUGGAAGGCCACACUUUUGCUAAAAUGGGGGCGAGUCAAGGGAUGGACCAUGUAGAUUUAAGUAAGGUUCCCCCUACUCCCCUUCCUUAAAUAAUUCAGGCAUUGUUGAGAUGGCUCAUUGUACUAUGGGGAAGAAGCAAGGGUUCUGGGAUGAAGGACUGAGUCACACAACCUUUUUAGAGAGACUUUUUCAUCACCAGAUUGGCUCUCCCCCCCACCCCCCAGUUGAGCAAGUUUGAAUUGACUUGUGAUGACAGGUGAUUUGACUUGGCAGCUCAUGAUCUCUAUUCAAAGCUGUAUACAAUUAAUUGCAAAAAAAACCCUACAAAGAAACCACUACCAUAUAGAAAAUAAUGCACCACUACCAUAUAGAAAAUAAUGCACAACUUGAGUGUGGACCGUGGUGUGUGUGUGUGUGGCUAACCUGUGGCCUGCCAGAUGUUCUCCAGCUCCCAUCAGCCUCAGACAGCAUGGCCAAUGAUCAGGGAUGAUGUGAGUUGUAGUCUGACAACAUCUGGAAGGCCAGGGGUUCCCCGCUUUCAAAUGGACACAUAUAGAAAAGGACAUACUGAGUUUUCACUACACCAGCCCAAGCUAGGAACUUGUGCUUGGCUAUGACUUCCCAAUGACUGUGGCUUCUCACAUCAGAAAAGGCUUGCAUGUGUGAUCAUCACAUGCGCCUUUCUACACCCAAGUUGCACAUCAGUUGCUACAUGGAAGUACCUUCUGGAUAGGAAUGGUGUGAAGUGCUCUCCUAAAUUAGUACUAAAUGCAUCCUGUGCCCUGCGGCUGGCUAUGUUUAGCUUGGAGAAAACGAAGCGAGCAGACUUGAAAUAUUGGAAGGGUUGCCACACAGAGGAUGGAGCAGGUUUUUUUGCAGUGUUCUUCAGCCUUUGGUCUCCAGAUGUUGUUGGGCUACAACACCCAUCAUCCAUGGCCAAUAGCUAAAGCUGGCUGGGGAUGAUGGGAAUGGGAGUUUCACAACAUCUGGGGUCCCAAAGUUGAACACUCUUCUAGAGGACAGGACCAAGGGGUAGAAAUUACAGGGAUGCAGAUUUAGGAUAAAGGUUAGAAUAAAUCUCCGACAGGCAGGAGCUGUUCAACACUGGAACAGACUGCAUCAGGAGAUGAUGGGCUCUCCUUUGGUGAGAGCAUUUAAGCAGAAGUUGAGCAGCCAACUUUCAGGGAUUCUGAAGCUGGCACCUGCAUUGCAGAUUCUGCAGUGAGCAAGGGAGUUAGACUAGAUCUGCAAAGAUACCUUCCAACUCUGGGGGUAUCCGUCUCAAUAAUUGCAAGUGUGAAAUAAAUUCUAGUUGCACAGUUGGACUUUCCCCUCUCUCCUCCCCACACCACUCCAAAGAAGGGGGGGAGGUAUAAAAGGAGAAUUCCUGGAUGCCAAGAUCCAAGGUUGGGACAAGUAUACUUUGGCGAGAGAACCCCUGCAGAGAUUUUAAAUCACAAAAUAUGCAGCAAAGUAUGGAGAUAUAGGCUAUUAUGUAAAGGUAAAGGUAAAGGGACCCCUGACCAUUAGGUCCAGUCGUGGCCGACUCUGGGGUUGCAGCGCUUUAUUGGCCGAGGGAGCUGGCGUACAGCUUCUGGGUCAUGUGGCCAGCAUGACUAAGCCACUUCUGGCGAACCAGAGCAGCGCACAGAAACGCCAUUUACCUUCCCGUCGGAGCGGUACCUAUUUAUCUACUUGCACUUUGAGGUGCUUUCGAACUGCUAGGUUGGCAGGAGCAGGGACCGAGCAACGGGAGCUCACCCCGUCACGGGGAUUUGAACCACCAACCUUCUGAUCGGCAAGCCCUAGGCUCUAAGGUUUAACCCACACCGCCACCCACUAUUAGAACUUUAAAAUAUGCUCUUGUGAGUUACAAAGCUUCCUCCUUCCCCAUCAUAGAAAAAGACCACACGUUUAGGUAAAUUUAAAAUUGUUUACUUACAAACUCUCCAAAGGUCAGUUUCAUGUGUUUUUCCAUACUGCAUACAGGAAAAUGUUGCACAUGCAGUAAAACCUGCCUUAGUUACAGUGGUGAAAGUUCCUAAAUUAUUGGUAUAGGAACUCAAGGAAGACUUGUUAGAGCCAUGUGGCUAAGCUGAAGCAACCAGUUCAGACCUCACAUGCUGAGCUCAUCAGGUAGACUGAGGUACAGCAAGAGGCCUAGCUAAGCCUGGCAGGACAGCUUACUCUAUGGCAUUAACCCCUUAGUGCAUAAAUUAGACUUAAGCAUGUUGAGUAUAUGAGGCUGGUUAUCCCACAAUUAGUAGGUGGUGGUUUUUGGUUUAAAUUAUCCCACUUUUUAGCAAGGAACCCUCAGGUCUGCUUCCUUGCUUUGCUCUGGUUCUAAUUGAGUUAAUAGGAAAGGAUGAGAGGAGGGGAAGGGAAGGGAUGGGGAAAAAAAGCUUUCCCUAUUCUGCAUUCUUGUGUGCAUCUUGUGUACUAUUUUCUCGCUGUACCUCCACCUGACUUUUCCUAAUGGGAGAAGCACAGAGGCCAGCCCUACCAUUGGGCAGUGGAGACCAGCCCAUUAGGACAAAAGGGGUACUGCUCCACCAGCCUCAGCCUGCUCUCCUCCUCUUUAACCCCAGCCCUUGUAGAACCCAGAGGGGAGGAGGAUGGUGACAAAAGUAGAAGGAGUUGCUCUGUCAGUCAUUGGCUCGGACCUGCCUUCUAGUCCCAAUGGCCAGUAGCCGCUGCUGCCAUUAGGCAGAGUGUAGUGACCUCCUCAGACAGCAGAUACUAGGGAGCAUUUCCUUGGCUGUUCCCUUCUUCAGAGGACAGAGCUGUGUCCUGCACUCCCCUCCCCCGACUAGUCUGUGACCUUCAGGUGCAAGAGAUGGUGGUGGAUACUAUGACAACACUAGUACUGAAAUAACGGCCAGUCCAGUUCAUGGAAUGCUUGGUGGUGAAGGGGGGGGGGAUGAGGAAGGCACCAUCUUGUCCUUUGCCUCAGGUGGCAAAAUGUCUUGGGCCAGCCCUGAAGCAGUAUUAUUGAUUGAUUGAAUUUAUAUACCGCCCUAUAUCCGGGGGGCCCUCUAGACCAAGUUUGGUCUUUUAAUUGGGUGUAUUCUGCAACAGGUCAUUGAUGCAAUAAUAGUGCAUUUGUGGUAUAUUUAUACUGAGCUAUUUACUUGCUUUGUUAGUGGUUCUUUGAUGCUUCCCCAACGUCAGUGCAUUGCUGCUGUCUGAAAGUAUAGUGCAACAAAAGUGGGGCAAGGCUAAGCUGGAACAUUUGUCGUAUUUUAAAAAAAUAAUAUAGGGUUUCAGAGGAAAUCAAGUGAUGUGCACUAAUGGGGGGGGCAGCAUGCCUGCCCCAAAACUUUUGCAGGUGCAAACAGUAUUGAAAUCAAAAUCAAGUACAGUGGUACCUUGGUUCUCAAACACAAUCCAUUCCGGAAGUCUGUUUGACUUCCGAAACAUUUGAAAACCAAGGCGCGGCUUCCGACUGGUGCAGGUGGCCCAGAAACAAUAGCCGACAGCCACGUCGGAUGUUUGGCUUCCGAAAAAUGUUAGAAAACUGGCACACUUACUUUUGGGUUUUCAUCGUUCAGGAGCUGAUUUGUUCAUCGACUAAGCCGUUUGAGAACCAAGGUUCCACUGUAUACCAUCAUGACCACAAAUAAUCAUGAAUGCACAAUAACAAGGAUGGUUGGCUGGGGCUGGGGCCCACUAGGAAGUUUACCACACAAGUCCCAUUGCAGUGAUUAGCAACAGCAACAUUUCUACAGAGUUUGCAAAUCAUGUGCCUCUAUUAUUAAAAAAAAUAAAUCAAAGAAGUGUCCCGUCUUUAAAGACAUCUCCUCUUCUCCUCUCUUCUCUUCUCUUCUCUUCUCUUCUCUUCUCUUCUCUUCUCUUCUUUUCCCUUUCUGGUCAACGGAUUAAAGUGGUGGCGACCCAUUUGGUGGUUUUGUUUGUUUGACCCAAGCACAAACUACUUGGGACCAGCCCUCUUGGGAAUGCAGUUUGCCCAGGGUUAGGAUAGCCUGGAUAGCUCAGCUGGUUAGAGCAUGGUGCUGAUGAUGGUAAGGUUGCAAGUUCAAUUCCCUAUUUCUGCAUUGCAGGGGGUUGGACUAGAUGAUCCUCAGGGUCCCUUCCAACUCUAUAAUUCUAUGCAGAGGAGUUUGGAUAGCCAGGAGUUUCUGAGAAAAAGCUCUGUGUGUUUUGAGGGAAGUUGUGGGGGUGCGGAAGGGAGAAUAACCUCCCAGCCGAGCUUACUGUAUCUUAAGCGUACGCCCUGCAGAAGGCUUCUUUCCGCUUCACAAGUUUGAUCUUCGAGUUCUGAAGAAACUCUUGCAUCUUAUUCCCUUAAGAGAAGCUUCCAUGAGGCAGUAGCAGCAUCUAUCUACCUCUUGCCCAUGGGAUGCGCUUUGCUUUGCUUUCCACACCACAAGAGACACACAUGUAUCACGGUCUCUCUCUGUCUCUCCCCCCAUCCCUAUGUUCUGCAGAGCUGCUGACCCAUAUCAGCAGAUUAGCCUGUUCCCACCCAUUACACCAGACCCUUCUAGUCUUCUUCUUCUUUGGCAAUCACUCAUAGCUGAGUAAGAUUGUCCUCCAUAAACACAGUUUUAACAGUGAGUUCAUAAGUGACUGUGGAGGCCAAUUCUGGAUCCACAUGUUCUUCCACAGUGGGGACAUAGGUUUCCGGGCAGGAGCUGAUCACGGUGAGGGUUUGCCAAGGGUGCCUUCCUCUUAGCGUGUUUCUCCCUUUCAUCCUGAGUUCAAGUGUCUUCAAAACUCAUGACAUCUUUGGUAAAGGCUGUUCUCCAAUUGGAGCGCUUGCAGGCCAGUGUUUCCCAGUUGUCGGUGUUUAUACUACAUUUUUUUAGAUUUGCCUUGAGAGAGUCUUUGAACCUCUUUUGUUGACCACCAGCAUUACACUCACCAUUUUUAAGUUCAGAAUAGAGUAGUUGAUGAUAAUAAGCAGGCAUCCGCACAACAUGACCAGUCCAACAAAGUUGAUGUUGGAGAAUCAUUGCUUUGACACUGCCAAUCUUUGCUUCUUCCAGUACACUGGUAUUAAUUCACCUGUCUUCCCAGGUGAUGUGUAAAUUUUUUUGGAGACACACCCUUGAUGGAAUCUUUUAAGGAGUGGGAGAUGGCAUUCAUAAGUGGUCCACGGUUCACAAGUAUACAGUAAGGUUGAUAGUACAAUAGCUUUAUAAACAAGCAUUUUGGUUUCCCUGCGAAUGUCCCGGUCCUCAAACACUCUACACUUCAAUCACUUGCAGUACCAAAGGAGGGAUGGCAGAAAUCCAAAAGGAAUAAUGAGAUGGCGGGGAUGGCAGGUCUGUAGCCCAGGAGUGCAACACCUGCUUUUCACAAGCCUGGAUAGCUCAGUUGGUUGGAGCAUGGUGGUGAUCACACCAAGGUUGCAAGUUUGAGCCCCUGUGCGUAUGGGACAGCUGCAUAUUCCUACAUUGCAGAAGGUUGGACUAGAUCAGGCAUAGGCAAACUCGGCCCUCCAUAUGUUUUGAGACUACAGUUCCCAUCAUCCCUGACCACUGGUCCUGUUAGCUAGGGAUGAUGGGAAUUGUAGUCCCAAAACAUCUGGAGGGCCAAGUUUGCCUAUGCCUAGACUAGAUGUUCAUCAGGAUGCCUUCCAACUUUGAUUCCUCGGUGUUGUUGGUGAGAUCCCCAUUGAAAGGCUCUGAAGGUUAGGGAAGACCUCUGCUUGGGGGCCAAAUCUUACGCUAUAUCAUCACUACAGCACGGAGAAAAAUGUACCGAGGAAGGAAGGAAAAUCAAUACCUGUGUAGCACAUAAUUGGGAGAAACUAUUCCCAAAUGUGAUCUGUCUCUCUUCCUCACUCUCUCUCUCUAAAGCAAAAGUUGUGGUCCCUGGGUCAGGCAGUGGCAACCCAGUGGAGAAAGAGCACAAGCUGGCUGGCUGGCUGUAGAAGCGAAAGCCUUUGAGCAGGCUCAGCUCUUUUCUAUUUUCAUAUUAUGUAGCUAGCCUGCUUACGCAGAGAAAGGUACUCUUAGGAAACCUGGGUUACAGGGCUUGAUAUCAAGUUGUAGAACAGAUUUAGUGUGGGCUGUAGUGUACCAACAAGCCCUCUUUCUCCCCCUUGUUUUCUUUCUCCUCCCCUCCCCUUCCUCUCCUUGCAAAAGCAACUUGGUCACAUAAACCUUUUGGGAGGAUAUUUUCAGAGCUCCUGUGCCCGUGGUUGGAAACUGACAUUACAAUAUACUAUGAAGUUUUGCUUUCCUCUUCUCUCUCUCUCUCUCUCUCUCUCUCUCUCUCUCUCUGUGUGUGUGUGUGUGUGUGUGUGUGAAAGAGAGAGGGAACUUGGGCUGGUGUUUAAGCAGUGGAGUCUGUUGCAUCUAGUUACCCUUUAAGGUGGAAUGUGGAAGGAGGUAGCAGGCUCUAAGAGGUGCUAUUUCACACCUACACCUGCUAGAAAGGAGAAACAUUCAAUGGUUUACCCCUAAUUUUUUUUAAAAAAUCUGGUUUUUAUCUUGGAUAGCAGCUGGAUUUUAUUUUUAAUUUUUGAAAAGCGGGAUCUUGGAGAGCCACGGCCAUUCAAGGACCCUUCAGAUGACCUGCUUAAUCAGCAUUCAAUCUUGCUUUGCUUGCACAAUGCUUACAGACUGGUUAGACCCGUGGUUCCCAACGUGGGGCACAUGCUGCACAAGGGGGCAAUUUGAGCUUGUUUAGACCAAGUUAAUGGCCUUUUAGGCUUCCUCCACAUAAAUAGGAGUUCACUUUUUGAAUAAUAAGAUUAGUAUAUGUCACAAGGGGGGUUGGGCAUCAGGAUUUUAAAGAGAGGCUUAGGUGGGGCAUGGCCAAAAAAAAGGUUAGACUAUGCCCAGUCUAUGUUGAGUAUUUGUUUUGAUUUGUCCGAAGGUUGUUUAGACACCCCGUUACUUUCCAAACCACCAAAAGACUGAUUCUUUUUUUAAAAAGUGGAUUUGCUAUGCUAGGGCAACAGAAUGCUGAAAUCCAUUUUCACCGUGCAAUUGCAGUUGGAUCCCUCCUGCAAAACAGUGACAAUCUGGAGACACCCUCAGAGACCACAGUGCUGGAUGACAGAGGCCAGUGGUCUUGCUGAGUUCUACUUCCUUAUCUUUUUGCUUGGAGGUCUGCAGCUCCAAACAGGGAGCAUAGAAAGCUAUGCAGGGCUUUGGUUCUUAAGUCUCACGCAGAGGAGGAUUGCAUGGAAGCUUGCCAGGAAUAAAGGGCAAUGGCACCGCUGCUGUUGCUUAAAUUUGUCACACGGGUGUCCUUCCUCCACCUUUCCCCUUCACUCUCCUUCCCUUGUAUGGCUUGUCUUUUUAAUUUGUUAGCCUGAGUGCAGGACCUGCCCCCAUUUAAUGGAUGUGAAUGGCUUUGGGAGACGUUUGCAGAAUACCUAGGGUGGAGAUUCCGCCAAGAGGGGGAUUCCACAGGGAAAAAAGCCCUGCUUCUCACACUUGCUCUUCUUCUUGAUUAAAAGUAAAUUAGGUACGUUUGGGCUAAUGUGCUUUUAGGUGUUGUUGUUGUUUAGUCAUUUAGUCGUGUCCGACUCUUCAUGACCCCAUGGACCAGAGCACGCCAGGCACUCCUGUCUUCCACUGCCUCCCACAGUUUGGUCAAACUCAUGCUGGUAGCUUCAAGAACACUGUCCAACCAUCUCGUCCUCUGUUGUCCUCUUCUCCUUGUGCCCUCCAUCUUUCCCAACAUCAGGGUCUUUUCCAGGGAGUCUCUCUUCUCAUGAGGUGGCCAAAGUAUUGGAGCCUCAGCUUCACGAUCUGUCCUUCCAGUGAGCACUCAGGGCUGAUUUCCUUAAGAAUGGAGAGGUUUGAUCUUCUUGCAGUCCAUGGGACUCUCAAGAGUCUCCUCCAGCACCAUAAUUCAAAAACAUCAAUUCUUUGGUGACCAGCCUUUUUUAUGGUCCGGCUCUCACUUCCAUACAUUACUACUGGGAAAACCAUAACUUUAACUAUAUGGACCUUUGUUGGCAAGGUGAUGUCUCUGCUUUUUAAGAUGCUGUCUAGGUUUGUCAUUGCUACUUUUAGGUAGACUCUGGCUUUAGCAAGGCUGUCUGAGCUAAGAUUUGAAGUCUGGAGUUUCCAGUCUAAAUCCUUUGGGCACUGGACCGGAUGCACCCACAGCCCGAUCGAGAAGAUAUUUGAACUACAACUUCCACCAUCCCUAGCCAUUGACUAUGCAGGUUUCUGAAUUUUGGGCGUUGGGGUUGGGAGGUUUUGAAGUCCAACAACAUCUGGAUUUGGAGAAUGCUGCCAUGUUGCAGAUGGCUACUGGUUUAGGGGGAGCAUAAAAAUUCAUACAGGAUCACACCAUCCCAUGAAUUUCUCUGCCCCUCACUGGCCUUGCUGAGGAUUCUCCAACAUACAACCGAUAAGCCAUGCUAUCUAAAUGGAAUGUCCAGUUUCAGAGGCAGUUACUGGGGGACAAAGAAUGAGGGCAGCUUUUGACUUCAUGUCCUGGUUGUGGAGAGAUCAGAUUUAGUCACUGAUAAAUGGUUGCAGAGUUAUUGAAGGACUGGCCCUUCUGCUAACGCCACGACACUGUUUUUGUGCGUCCCUUUCUUCAAAGAAUUUUCCUUUCUGGAUGAAGCAUUCAGGAUCCACAGUAUAUUAGGGUCUAUGGAAAAUGUCGGGUCAAGACCAUAGCUGUCAACUUACAGAUUUGAAAAUAAGGGACCAGCAGCCUUGAAAAUAAAGGACCAGCAGCCAAAAUAAGGGACCUGCAGCCUCACCUGUUCCAGGCACUCCAGUCUUCCUGUCCUCCGGCAGUCUGGUCUACUCAUGCUGGUAGCUUCAAGAACACUGUCCAACCAACUUUGUAACCAGAGGUUCAACUGAAUAGAAUCUGAAUCACAUGCACCACAAGGCCUAUGAAGCCUCAGACUUAAGAUGGCUCCCUGGCCUGGCUUUGCACUGCAAAGUUUGCAGCAGCACGUGCAACAAAAUGGCGUCCAGCAUUCAAAAACCUCCUCAGCUUGCAUUAACUAGCCACACACAAGGCAUGCAAGCUCCACCCCCCAGUCGUUCUUAGACUUCUUAUUGGGUGAGCAACACAGCCAAGCAACACAGUUGGAGCCUCCCUCCUCCCUGGCCGGCAGGGAGGGAGGGAGAGGAGCUGCUUCCUUUGAAAUUUAAGGGACAUCAUUUAAGGGACAUUUAAGGGACAUCCAUCAAUAAGGGACAGCAGCGGGACAUGGCGCUGGAAUAAGGGACUGUCCCUUCAAAUAAGGGACACUUGACAGCUAUGGUCAAAACAGUUUCUCACAAAUCCUUAAUGCCCCAUCUGGUCAAUUAAGGUUUAUAUACUAUUGUUGUACUGUGUAUUUUGGGUCUAUAGACCGCAAUAAAGCUGUGUGUGUUUUAAGGUCCACAUCUAGGGUUGGCAUCCAUGUCUUGGGAGAGGCUUGGUUUGCUUUUAACAGCCACAUAUUAUGUGGAAAUCCAGAAGUCAUGUGACCAUUUCCCAGCGAUGCUGUAGUGUGAAAAGCUGCACCUGCCGGACUUCUGCCUACUUUACUCUUAAAGGCACGACUCUACUUGCAUUCUGCUGCUGGUUGGAGCAUUCUAGCAUUUAAAAAUGAAUGUUCUUUCCUUUUUUUCUUCCUUCUCUAAAGCAAUUUAAGCAGUUCCUAUAACAAUACUACUACACUGUGUGCUUGUUUUUUAAAUUAAUAAUAGGGCACACCUCUGUAGCAUGUAUAAGAUUAUUUAAAUCAAUUGGGGCAUUUUAAGAGACGGAUCUUGAGGGGAAUACAUUUGCAAAUGUCUCUAGGCAUGGCAGCCGGGGGGGGGGGGGGCGACGACAAUGCCUGCAUAAAUCUAUAAAUAAAUUAUCCCUCCAUGUAGUACUUAGUAAUAUCGCUGCAGUUGGGCUGCUGUGUAAUUUGAGUAAUCUGGGUCCAUCUCCUGCACCCUUUCCUGUUAUUUUGGGUGCAAUUAGAACUCUACCGCGGUGACAUGAACACGCACGUUGAACUCUGGCAUUCUGUGCCCGCUUUGUACAGUGUGGUUUGUAUCUAAUGGUCUUUCUGGAUAUAUAUUUUUUUUUAAGGUGGGGUAAUAGUCUUGAAUGAGACGAGUGUGCUGCUAGCCUGACCUGCUGGUAUAUUUUUAAAUCCUAGGAGGAUUAGAAGUGGGAAAAUAAAAGUAUUCAGAAAGAGAGGCUUUUGGGUCUUUUUCCUGUUUCCCCCCUCACGUAUCAUUAUCACAAGGGUUAAACUCUGCUAGAUGCAGAGAGAUGAUCCCUCAUUAGCGGGCAUUGCAAAUGUGCCUCAGCUUUGAGAUGAGCUGAUAUUAGCUCACACUUUUCCUUCCUAAUCAUUGGCUAAAUUAGUCAGAUUUCUGCAACAUUGAUAGUUACAAUAUCUCCAUAAAGAAGAUACAUCUGCUAUGUUAAAAUAUGUGUGUGUGCAUAUGCAGAAGCAUAAACACACACCUGUUACAUAAAACAGAUGCAAUGGGUGCAAUUCUAUGCAUGUAUCCUUGGAAGAGGGACACGGGUGGCGCUGUGGGUUAAACCACAGAGCCUAAGACUUGCCAAUCAGAAGGUCGGCGGUUCGAAUCCCCGUGACGGGAUGAGCUACCGUUGCUCGGUCCCUGCUGCUGCCAACCUAGCAGUUCGAAAGCACGUCAAAGUGCAAGUAGAUAAAUAGGUACCACUCUGGCGGGAAGGUAAACAGUGUUUCCGUGCGCUGCUCUGGUUUGCCAGAAGCGGCUUAGUCAUGCUGGCCACAUGACCCGGAAGCUGUACGCCGGCUCCCUCGGCCAAUAAAGCAAGAUGAGCACCACAACCCCAGAGUCGGCCACGACUGGACCUAACCGUCAGGGGUCCCUUUACCUAUCCUUGGAAGAAGGUCCCACUGUGUUUAAUGGGUUUUACUUUCAGUGUGCAUAGAAUUGCAGGCCAAAUUGGUAGUAACUGCUGUGGAACAGUUGCCUCUUUCCCCCCCGUGCUGCGGAACAGUUCCGUGCUCUUUGCUUGCUUUCUAGGCUUCGGUCUGAACAGUUUUUCCCCCUGCCUCCAAGGGAAAACUCACUCUUUAGUGGUAGCUUGUAACAAAUGGCAAUCGGGGGGAAAUCUGAAUUUCCGUUUGCUCUGGUUGAAUGCCAAAGAGAGGUUUUCCCUGGAGGAAAGCAGCAGGACAAGGCAAAAUGUGGGUAAGCUUUGAGAGACGGAGCUAGACAUCAGAAACUCUCCGGUUUGAAUGUUACCUCAGCUAUAACCUGAACUUUGCGGCCCUAGACACUCCCUCUCAGCCUCAGUCCUUCCCUGUGAAAUAUUGUGGGGGGAAUGUUGGAGGAUAAUUAUACUGACUUACCUUCCAGGGUUCUUGUUGUUAUUGUUGUCGUUGUAAGGAUUACUGCAAGGUAAUGUACACAGGUGGCGCUGUGGUCUAAACCACAGAGCCUAGGGCUUGCCGAUCAAAAGGUCAACAGUUCGAAUCCCUGCGACGGGGUGAGCGCCCGUUGUUUUGGCCAAGCUCCUGCCUACCUAGCAGCUUGAAAGCACAUCAAAGUGCAAGGUGCAAGUAGAUAAAUAGGUACCAUUCUGGCGGGAAGGUAAAUGGCGUUUCCGUGCGCCACUCUGGUUCACCAGAAGCAGCUUAGUCAUGCUGGCCACAUGACCCAGAAGCUGUCUGUGGACAAACGCUGGCUCCCUCAGCCAGUAAAGCGAGAUGAGCGCCACAACCCCAGAGUCGUCCGCAACUGGACUUAACAGUCAGGGGUCCCUUUACCUUUAAUGUACAUGAAACCCUUUGAAUGCUUGAAGGUGCUAUCGAAAAGUUAAGUAGUAGUAUUUUUAUUCAUUACAGGGACAUAUGGUGUAAGUAAACCCAUCUCCUAUGUUUUAAUGCUGCACAAUGCUAUUUUUAUAUAAUCCACUUGGAGAUUUUCUUUACAGUCAAACGGUAGCUGCAUUUCAUUAGGUAAAGACCGAUUGAAUGUGCUCUCAUGCCUUGAGAGCUUACACAUGAGCAGAGCCUUUUAAAGCCUUUGGAAAUUUCCUUACAUAGCCUACUGUGACAUGUGUUCUUCGGGGAGCGCAUCCUCCCUCCUCCCUCAGAUCUGUGGGGGAGGCAUUGCUCCAUGCGCCACCUUUAAUGGCAGUGCCACUGCCGCCACCUCCUCCUCCUCCGCCUCCUCUUUAGUGGUGCCCACACUCCAGAAAACUUUGCAGACAGAGGAACGUCUGGCCAUUUCACUGUCGGCUUUCUGGCAUUUAGUUCUAAACAUGGCUAAUUCUGGAAGGCUGUUAAAAUAAAUAAAUAAAGAACACUGGCUGGUGACAGUUGGUGUUGGGCUUUUUUAGGUGUGUGGGUUUUAUUUAUUUAUUUAUUUAUUUAUUUGCUUGCCUGCCAGAAUGCAGGUUGAGGAAAAAAACGUCUUUGUGUUUUUAUUUAUGCUUUGCUCUAUUUUUUGAUACUGGGUUUUAAAUGUUUAGUAUUAUGCUUUGUUUUUGGAUUUUUUAAAAUCACGGUUCUGCAUUGCUUUUUUGGGUGCUGUUGGGGUGGCAGAGAGAAGGGUGUGGCGUACAUGUUUUGAAAUUAAUAUUUUCCACAUUCACAUGAUAUGCAUGGCAGAUGAAUAGGUAGUACAGUGGUACCUUGGUUCCUGAACGCCUCCAUUGUCACAUGUUUCGGUUCUCAAACGCAGAAAAACUGGAAGCAAAUGCUUCCGUUUUCAAACGUUUUUUGGAACCCGAACGUGUGAUGCGGCUUCCGCUGAGUGCAAGAAGCUCUUGCAACCAAUGGGAAGCCGUGCCUCGGUUUUUGAAUGUUUCGGAAGCCGAACGGGCUUCCGAAAUGGAUUCCAUUUGAGAACCAAGGUACCACUGUACAUUGUUAGUCAGAGCUAAUAAUUGCUUCUCCCUCUUUGUGGCACUACCCACAAAGCAAGGACUGCCUGCUGCAACAACCAGAAGGAUUUUCAUAGGGCUUCCCAGGUACCAUCAGUUAGGCACUGUGGGUUAAACCACAGAGCCUAGGACUUGCCGAUCAGAAGGUCGGCGGUUCGAAUCCCCGCAACGGGGUGAGCUCCCAUUGCUCGGUCCCUGCUCCUGCCAACCUAGCAGUUCGAAAGCACGUCAAAGUGCAAGUAGAUAAAUAGGUACUGCUCUCGCGGGAAGGUAAACGGCGUUUCCGUGCGCUGCUCUGGUUCGCCAGAAGCGGCUUAGUCAUGCUGGCCACAUGACCCGGAAACUGUACGCCGGCUCCAUCGGCCAAUAAAGCGAGAUGAGCGCUGCAGCCCCAGAGUCGACCACGACUGGACCUAAUGGUCAGGGGUCCCUUUACCUUCACCUUUUACAAACCAAAUUUUAGCCCAGCUGCAUCUUUACCUGUCCCCACUGGCACCAAUUCCAGGGGCCCCCCAGAGCACCCACAAAUUUUUUGCUGCAGGUGCCUGGCCUCCACCCCUGCCGCCUCUGCCAGCCAAGUGCCAAUUGCUGGGAACAAACAAUAGACAUCUAUAAACACCAUCAGAUUGGCUGCUGUGUGAUGCAAUAUUAAGCUGACCUUUCUGUUUGAUCCAGGAGAACUUUUCUUAUUUUCUUGCCCUACUGUUUUUUUAAAAAAAAAAUCUUUUUCUGUUGGAUAGAAGCUCACAGUCUAUUUAAGGUAAAGGGACCCCUGACCAUUAGGUCCAGUCAUGGCUGACUUUGGGGUUGCGGUGCUCAUCUCACUUUAUUGGCCGAGGAAGCCGGUGUACAGCUUCCAGGUCAUGUGGCCAGCAUGACUAAGCAGUUUCUGGCGAACCAGAGCAGCACACGGAAACGCCGUUUACCUUCCCGCCAGAGUGGUACCUAUUUAUCUACUUGCACUUUGGAAUUGGAUUUGGAUUUGGAUUUGAUAUCCCGCUUUAUCACUACCCAAAGGAGUCUCAAAGCGGCUAACAUUCUCCUUUCCCUUCCUCCCCCACAACAAACACUCUGUGAGGUGAGUGAGGCUGAGAGACUUCAGAGAAGUGUGACUGGCCCAAGGUCACGCAGCAGCUGCAUGUGGAGGAGCGGGGAAGCGAACCCGGUUCACCAGAUUACGAGUCUACCGCUCUUAACCACUACACCACACUGGCUCAAAAGCACUUUGAUGUGCUUUCGAACGGCUUCAGUGUUGGUAGCGGCAUGCUGAUAUUUUUCUUUUUAAUGUUGUCUUAAAGAAAUCAACAAUUUGCAAAGGAAGGGAUGCCUCAAAAAGUGAAGCCAGAGGCCUUGGCGAAGACCUCUUUCCAUGAAUCAAAUGAAAACCACAAUGUGCUCCGUGGAAUACAACUGUUCAGGACCCUGGACAGCUCCACCCAGCAUUCCUGAGAGAUCUUGAACUGAAAUUUGUGUGUGUGUGUGAUGUUUUUUCCAGUUCUAGCUGCUAGCAAGGCUACAGCUCCUAGGCAAGCAGGCCGCUUAAACGUUUUCCACCACAGCACCUUUUAAUAUAAAAAGUUUGGUACAGUUUUCAGGCAUGAUGACUAGGGCUGGAAGCCUUAAUUGGUUCAAUCAGUAGAUUAAACAACUAAAGCUUUAGUUGAUUAGUUGGUGGUAGGAAAAUUUAAUUGGUGCGGCUGAGAGUUAAAGGCACAUUUUCUUUCUUUUUUUAAAAAAAGUUACGUUGGUUCCAGCUUGUUUAUUAGAACAGGGAGUGGAAAAGAAAAUGUUAAAAGAUGGCAUUUUUCUUUAACUGCAAGUUAUCUCAUGCUUCUUUUAACAUACAAAAUAGGGCACCCGUGUUGAGCUAUUGGUAAUAGGAAGAAUAUCGUCAAUGAAUAAGCGAUAGGUUGGUUAAAAAGAGUUAAUUUUUAAUCAACUAAAACUGGGAUUGGCUGACAGCCCUAGUGGUUACUUUUAAGAAUCUUCCAGAUUACUUUUAUUAUGGAGGCUCAGAGUACUCUUUCAGCAUUUAACUUCCAACAACUCUGAUGUGUUACCACAUGUUGCUUAACAUAUGACUUUCCCAGAUUUUUUUGGGGGGGAUGGAGUUUUCCUUUCCUUUCCUUUCUAUAUUUCCUCGCACACUUACUUAGUGCACCAGAGUCUCUUGAGACAGGAGCGUAUGACGCCACUGUUUGAACGAGCCCUUUGUAUCUCCAUGGGAAUGUAGACUUUAGGCUGAAAGAAAUUAAAAGGAACUGUGUGUGUGUGUAUGUAAAUUUAAUUCAAAUUCUCAGAUUACCGAUAAAUACCCUUCAGUCAAAGCGUUUUAGUUGCAAUUUCAAAAUUUAAAGGCACCAAACAACUGAAGCUUAAAGAGAGAGAGAGAGAGUUCAUCAUCUGGCUUUAAAUCAAGACCAGGAUAUAUUAGGGUUGUGGUGAAUUUUUGCCCAUGAACAUUUUCAGGGCAAAAGGCUGGAGGAGGGAAGCAUUUCAUGAUCCUCCCUCAUAUGCUGUUUCACCACCUAUUCAAAGCUGCUUAUUUCUCCAAUCUGUUCCUUCGGUCCUAUUUUCAUUUAUGAACAGGGGCUUCUUUCUGAAGUGAUCCCAGAUCACAAACCAGAUUUUAACUAUAUGACGUGGUCAUGAAGUGAAAUCAGAAUGAGGGAUGGAUGAAUGGUAUCGUUCCGAAUCAUGGGUAGGCAAACUAAGGCCUGGGGGCCGGAUCCAGCCAAAUCACCUUCUAAAUCCGGCCUGCGGACGGUCCAGGAAACAGCGUGUUUUUACAUGAGUGGAAUGUGUCCUUUUAUUUAAAAUGCAUCUCUGGGGUUAUUUGUGGGGCCUGCCUGGUGUUUUUACAUGAGUAGAAUGUGUGCUUUUAUUUAAAAUGCAUCUCUGGGUUAUUUGUGGGGCAUAGGAAUUCCUUCAUGUAUAUUUUUUCAAAAUAUAGUCCGGGCCACCACAAGCUCUUAGGGACAGUGGACCGGCCCCCUGCUGAAAACGUUUGCUGACCCCUGCUGAAUGGUACAGUGUACAUGCUAAAUUUCUAAAGCAUGUUUCCUCCCUCAGAAAAAUUCCUGGCACUGUAGUUUGUUAAUAGGAAGGACUUCACCCCCAGUGGGAGACAAUCUCCCCCAUCUGAGCAACUCUUAAAUCUCCCUCACCUUUCUCUGCUGGCCCCACAGGGAAAUUCUCCUUCCCCGAACUGAACUCGGUAUACCCCUGUGCUUUUAGCAUGUGCAUUUACCUCUUGCACACCCACACCCCAGCCCACCAAUAGCAACUGUUCCCCUGAGCUGCACUCCCCAACAGACUACUUUCCCUGAGUAGGCGAAGGGACAUCGCAAGAGGAAGGAGCACACGGUGUCCUGGGGUAUAAAUAGCUCCAGCCGUGAGUUGUAACAAUAGCUGCACCACCUGUGCUGGGAACAAGUUGCCUAUAUGCAGGAGGGGAGCUGGUGUCAGUUCUCCCCAUGUCGCUGGCACAUGCAUACCCCCUGAAGGUAUAGAUUUAGUUGUGUCUGUUGCUCCUAUACAAAAGGAAAACUCUGAAUUUCCUGUGCAAGGUCUGUGGCUUUGCAUUACUCAUUAGGCUAAGGGUACCAUAGCGUAGGGUCCCAGUCCUAUACUGCAAUGAUCUGAUGGGACCCUCAGCUGCCAGGGGAAAUUUGUCUGAAUAAUAAUAAUAAUAAUAAAUGCUCCACCCAUCUGGCCGGGUUUCCCUAGCCACUCUGGGCGGAUCCCAAUUAAAAACACAAUAAAACAUCAAACAUUAAAAACUCACCUAAACAGGGCUGCCUUCAGAUGUCUUCUAAAAGUCUGAUAGUUGUUUAUUUCCUUGACAUCAGGUGGGAGGGCGUUCCACAGGGCAGGCACCACUACCGAGAAGGCUCUCUGUCUGGUUCCCUGUAACCUCACUUCUCACAGCAAGGGAUCCGCCAGAAGGCCCUUGGAGCUGGAUCUCAGUGUCUGGGCUGAACGAUGUGGGUGGAGACGCUCCUUCAGGUACACUGGGCCAAGGCCGUUUGGGGCUUUAAAGGUCAGCACCAACACUUUGAAUUGUGCUUGGAAACAUACUGGGAGCCAAUGAAGGUCUUUCAGGACCGGUGUUAAUAUGGUCUCAGCGGCUACUCUCAGUCACCAGUUUAGCUGCCGCAUUCUGGAUUAGUUGUAGUUUCCCCCAGCAUGGGCGGGGGGAGUGAGAAGCACCCCUGCCCUCUAGGGCCAUGGCCCCAAUCCAAUUUGUUCCUCUCCCUCUGCUUCAUUUACCCUUUUACAAUGCCAGGGGUCUGAUCACAGGCUUCCCCCCUGUCUUAUCUAGUUGCAUUCUGAGGGUUAUGCCUCAAGAAUUUAUACAGCUCCAAAUUUGGUGACCGUUCCCUUAUUGAGGGAUCCCUUUUGACUAGAUUAAGAUGAACAGCUGAGAUGGUGAACGGGUGCCUUGUAUGGACACACCAUUCAUAGGAAUAAGCUCAUGUGUCACUGAUGAGCAGCAAGGUAGAAAACUGCAACCUCAAACAUCAUUUUGCAAGGAAUGCCAAGAUGUGCAUUGCAACCCCACCACCUGGUUGCAACAUCAGAACGUUUCACACAUUCUUUAUUUUUUAAAAAACAACACAAAAACCCAUGAUAGUUGAAAUACUUGUUGCUGCUCUUUAUUCACCGUACUUGUUGCUGCUCUUGAUUCACACGUGCCACGGCUUCUCUGAAGAUGGCAUUCACGUUAGGGAUUUACUUUCUGCAAUCCUGAGGACCGGAAACUUCAUUUCAAUCUAUUUUCGACCAAUCUGCCAUUCUCUCAGUUUGAAUCCCAGGGUGCAUGAUGCAUGAAUGUCAAGGAAAAGUAUUACAGCAGCCAGGGCCGGCCCACCCAUGAGGCAAGUUGAGGUGACGGACUCGGGCGGCAGGAUCCACAGGGGCAGCAGAUCUGGCCUCCAAGAAACCCAGCUAGAGCCACCACGGCUGCAAUGGCAGCAGGAGCUGCAGCACUCUCAUUGGAUGCCAGAUCUGUCACCUAAUUGGCAGCCCCACCCAAUGCCUCUUCCACAGCGGCUCUUAGUGAAUAGGGGGCACUGCUGGUCUUCCCCAACCCCUAGGGAGGAAAUGGCAGGAGCUGCCCUCAGGGGUCCGCUGAGCUUUGUACCUGCCCAGAGUGAUUCAGAAUGGGCCACUUCCCCCCUCACAGUGGCCUUUGAUUCCCAGUUCAACCAUCAGGUCAGGUUGAUUUGAUUCUCACCUCUGCUUUUUCCUGAUGUGUAUCUUCAUUCUCACCUUGUUCCCAGUGUACAUCUUCCCUUCCCCUCUUCUUCCCUGAUUGGAGGGGGCAAUUCUGUGAUUCGCUUCAGGUGCCAAAACAUCUAACACCAUCAGGCACAACUUCAGACCCUCCAAGUAUCCCUAUUUUCCAGGGAUGUCCCUGAUUUAGAUGAGCCACCCCACUUUCUGAUUUGAAUCCAGAAUGUCCUGCUUUUCCUUAAAGGGUAAAGGACCAUUAGGUCCAGUUGCGGACGACUCUGGGGUUGCAGCGCUCAUCUUGCUUUAUUGGCCGAGGGAGCCGGCGUACAGCUUCCGGGUCAUGUGGCCAGCAUGACUAAGCCGCUUCUGGCAAACCAGAGCAGCGCACGGAAACUCCGCUUACCUUCCUGCCGGAGUGGUACCUACUUGCACUUUGAUGUGCUUUCGAACAGCUAGGUUGGCAGGAGCAGGGACCGAGCAACAGGAGCUCAGCCCGUGGCGGGGAUUCGAACCGCUGACCUUCUGAUCGGAAAGUCCUAGGCUCUGUGGUUUAACCCACAGGGCCACCUUAGGACGUCUCUAUUUUCAUUGGAGAAAUAUUGGAGGGUAUGGAGUUAUCUGAUCCCCGAGCCAUCCGAAGGCAAUCCUGUAUAGUUGUUUUUUAAUGUAUUAUUGUGUUUUUAUGUAUGUUGGAAGCCACCCAGAGUGGCUGUGGCAACCCAGUCAGAUGUGCGGGGUGUAAAUAGCAAAAUGGAAUGGGACGUACCUAUUUUCAUCAGAGAAAUGUUGGAGGGUAUGCAGCUUAUGUUCUAAUUUAGCAAAUGCAGAGUAGUGCAAAUUGCUGGCGGGUAUUUUUGCAGUUCUUUUUGGCACAACGUGCUGCAAAGAACAUUGAAUUGUUUCUGAUGUUUCCCACCCUCUCACCCUAGCUGUAUACAAAUAGGCAAUCAAGUUGUAUUCCAAGCCAACGUACAGCGCAACUUCUGUCCAAAUAGCUUACAGUAGAUGGGGAAGUCGGUGGGAUGAGGGAGAGGCCAAAUGAGCCCCCCAUGGUGGGGCAGUGGAGGGGGAAGCAGGGCCAGCAUGACUGGGAAUCUGCCCACAAGGGACACAGUGGUCCUGCUGCAGUGAAGAGGCAGCCUGACUGCUGGAGGGGAGUGGUGCCAAUGAAGGCAUCUUGCCUGAAGCUGACACAGGAGUUGAGUGACAGUGAUGGCCAAAGGAAGGCACAAAGAGGGAGAAGAAGAGGGAAGUGGCUUCUCGCAUUGGAAGCAGGGGAGUGUAGAGAAUAGCUUGACAGGGAGAGGGAGAAUAAAGGAGGCAGAUGUGUGCUGUGAAAGAGGAGGAGGUUGUGGCAGGGGCUUGCAGGAGAUCCCAGCUCACUCUCUCUCUCAGGACCUCUGGAGAUCCCUCGCUGCACCAGACCUGGUGACUCACAGCCAUGCAUUUGACCCACCCCAGGGGGGCCUUGCUAAACCCCUCGUUGCUGCUGCCUGCUCUGCUUGGAACUGAAAAAGCAAGAAAGAGGAUUGCCCAGCUCGCACCGGGUGGUGGUGGUGGGGAAGCAGGGUCAACAUCAAGGUUAAAUACAAGGAGCCAACGGGCCGAGUGGGUCGCUCAGGGUGCCUGCUCCCUCUUUUGCUUUCGUCCGAUGCACUUAACCAGAUAACUCCCCGAGGAUCCCAGAAACCCGGCUGCUCUAUAAAUACCUAACCCAUCCCACAUUGCUAAUAGUGAGUAACAACAGCAGGCAAAUUACAGAGCAGGUCUCGGCGUUCUCGUAGGCACCAACUCAAGCAGAUCUAACGGGUGCAUGCGAAGCCUGAAAUCUGCUGUCACCCUGGGUAUAAUUAGAGGGGAGAGAGGAGCUGGGGAACACAGUUAAAACAGCCAGGAGGAGGCGGAGGGGGGGCCUCCUGCCUGCCGCCACCACCCUGCCACCCAACGUCUUAAUUGCCUUUUAAUUUCAAAAGAGCUGCAGCGUGGCUCGGAGCGAUGUACAACAGAGCAGUAGGGAGGUGGGCCCUCGGAGCUGCGUGUUAAACGGCGAUGCUCACACAAAGCAAGGCUGCCUUGAGGGUGAAGGGUGAGGGGCUGGGGUUGUGGCGUUGUACAGAGGGCCGGGCCAAAAGCGUGGAAGGAGGAGAGCGCUUGAAAAGAGCAGCCCAGGGUCUGAUGCAACCAUGGCAAGUUCACUUGGUGGCAGAGGGAGGGAGGGAGAGAAAGGCCUCGUUUCACCUUAACGAGAGAGCAAUCGUGUAGGCUGGCGCCUUUGCAUGCUAAGGGCUGCGUGCCUUUGAUAUCUGGUGCAAGCACGGAACAGGAACGCAGAAUGGCACUAGGCACAGAAAUCCCUAGAAACCGCAGUAUUUAGCAGCAGUCCUUUGCAUAGCAAAUCGGGGUUCUAAAAGAACAUGAAACCCCAGGAAUCAUAGAAUUGUAGAGUAGGAAAGGGACCCCGACGGUCACCCAAUCGAUCUCAACAAGUGGUUACCCAUCCAAUUUGAAACCAGACUAGACCCUGCUUAGAUUUGCAAAUGUGCUAGCAGUUUUAUCGCUGCACCCCUAGGGUCACCUGAGGAGAGGAGGGGCUUCAUAAUAAUAUUAAUAUUCAUAAUUUAUUAUUUAUACCCUGCCCAUCUGGCUGGGUUUCCCCAGCCACUCUGGGUGGCUCCCAGCAGAAUAUUAAAAACAUGAUCAAACAUCAAACAUUAAAAACUUCCCUAGGCAGGGCUGCCUUCAGAUGUCUUCUAAAAGACAGAUAAAGUGGUACCUCGGGUUACAUAUGCUUCAGGUUACAGACGCUUCAGGUUACAGACUCUGCUAACCCGGAAAUAGUACCUCGGGUUAAGAACUUUGCUUCAGGAUGAGAACAGAAAUCGCGUGGCAGUGGCGCGGCAGCACCGGGAGACCCCCAUUAGCUAAAGUGGUGCUUCAGGUUAAGAACAGUUUCAGGUUAAGAACGGACCUCCGGAACGAAUUAAGUACAUAACCAGAAGUACCACUGUAGUUGUUUAUUUCCUUGACAUUGGAUGCGAGGGCGUUCCACAGGAAGGGUGCCACUACCCAGAAGGCCCUCUGCCUGGUUCCCUGUAACUUCACUCCUCACAGUGAGGGAACCUCCAGAAGGCCCUCGGAGCUGGACCUCAGUGACCACUGGACCUUCAGUGCUCCUUGCCCCUUCCCCCUAGCUAGCAGGAGCAGAAUAUUAUUGAGAGCAAGCAAAUCAGUUCAAUUGCACUUAAUCAGAGCAAUGGUUGCAGAAUCCAGCUUUUUGUGAUACAGAGUUUGGGCUGCCCUUGGUACUAAACGUCUGGGUGGUUUUGGUUUUGUUGUGAAGAACACAAGAGUACAUGCAGCUAUGAAGUAAGGGAUGCUGUGCCUUGUGGUGCAGUCUCUUUCUGUACCAGGGAUCUUUCCCGGUCACUGAGAUAAAGUCGCUGUCUCUUGGAAGGAGGAACUGCUAUUUAUAAAGCAUUUCCUCAUCUGGUGCUGUUGAUUACAGCUGCAGCCGCAAGCAUAUAGGCAAUUAUAGGUAGCAGCCUAGGGCAAUCAUUUGUAAGGUUAGCACCUCUCUUGCAGCAGCAGAUGGAAUGGCCCUUCGCUGCAAAGUGCCACUGUGAUGCAAAGAAGGAAGGAAGGAAGGAAGGAAGGAAGGAAGGAAGGAAGGAAGGAUGGAAGGAUUCUUGUAUAGACAGUGAAGUAUCGGGAGGCUUGGCAGUGGGCGAAGGCAACCUAGCAGCAUGUUGGGAUGGGAGAAGUCCAAUGAGAGAUUUUAGUGAACAGUAGGAACCAAUUCCCAUAGAGGCUGCAUUCACAGCUCAUGACUUCCCCCAGAGAACCCUGGGACAGGGGUCAGCAGCCUUUUUCAGCCAUGGGCUGGUCCACCAAUCCUCAGACCAUGUGGGGGGCCGGACUAUAUUUUGAACAAAAAUAAUGAACGAAAUCCUAAGCCCCACAAAUAACCCAGAGAUGCAUUUUAAAUAAAAGGACACAUUCUACUCAUGUAAAAACAUGCUUAUUCCCAGACCGUCCAUGGGCUGGAUUUAGAAGGUGAUUGGGCCGCAUCUGGCCAGCGGGCCUUAGGUUGCCUACCCCUGCCCUGGGAACUGUAGUUUAAGGGUGCUGGGAAUUGUAGCACCGUGUGUGGCAAACUAGAGUUCCAGGAGUCUUCGGGGGAAGUCGUGGGCUUUAAAGCAUUUGGUGGGUGGCACUGUGGUCUAAACCACAGAGCCUCUUGGGUUUGCUGAUCAGAAGGUCGGCGGUUCGAAUCCGUGUAACGGGGUGAGCUCCCAUUGCUCUGUCCCAGCUCCUGCCAACCUAGCAGUUCAAAAGCACGCCAGUGCAAGUAGAUAAAUAGGUACCACUCUGGCAGGACGGUAAACGGCGUUUCUGUGUGCUCUGGUUUCCGUCAGUGUUCCAUUGCACCAGAAGCGGUUUAGUCAUGCUGGCCUGGGUACUGCCUGGUUAGUGUGACCUGCAACAGGUCUGGUUCUCCAUUUGCGAAAUUCCCUCCCUGGGGAAGUGCAUGUGUCUCCCAUAUUAUUAACACUCACGGGGAAUUUAGAAGCAUCCCUGCUCAUCCAGCAAUUUGAUGGCUGAGAGAUGCUGUUCCUGGAAUCCUUACCUUGAAACGCUUAUCUGUGAGCAUAUGUUGACUGAUUUAAAACGUUUUUAGGUGUUCUUAAUGUGUGGGUUUUUUAUAAUAAUAAUAAUAAUAAUAAUAAUAAUAAUAAGAAGAAGAAGAAGAAGAAGAAGAAGAAGAAGAAGAAGAAAAUUGUAUUGUUUUGCUGGUUUGUUAUUUGAUGCCCUGGGCUCCUCCGGGAGGAAGGGGAGUUAGUAAGUAGUAAUAAUAAUAAUAAUCAUCAUCAUCACCAUUGGUAUGUGUAUCGAUAAUUUAUUUAUUUAUUUAUUUAUUUAUUUACAGUGGUACCUCGGGUUAAGUACUUAAUUCGUUCCAGAGGUCCGUUCUUAACCUGAAACUGUUCUUAACCUGAAGCACCACUUUAGCUAAUGGGGCCUCCCGCUGCUGCCGUGCCGCCGGAGCACGAUUUCUGUUCUCAUCCUGAAGCAAAGUUCUUAACCUGAAGCACUAUUUCUGGGUUAGCGGAGUCUGUAACCUGAAGCGUAUGUAACCUGAAGCGUAUGUAACCCGAGGUACCCCUGUAUACCCCACAUAUCUGGCUGGGUUUCCCCAACCACUCUGGGCGGCUCCCAAUCGAAUAUUAAAAACACCAAACACUAAACACGUCCCUAAACAGGGCUGCAGCUCAGACUGACACUUCACGCACCUGACAACGUGGACUGUAACUCAUGAAAAUCGAUGCCAAUAAUACAUUUAAGGCGCAAGAAGACAAACAAGCGCACACACGCCAUGCAUUUAAAUCACAUCCAAAACCUAUAGCUCCCCCCCUCCAAUCCUGGAGACUGUAGUUUGUUAAAGGGUGCAGGGAAUUGUAGCUCUGCGAAGGGAAGCGAGUUCCCAGGAUUCUUUGGGAGAAGACAUGUGCUUUAAACGUAUGGCGUGUAUGCAAGCCUUUGCUGUUUUUGCUGUAACGUGCACUAAUCAGCCAACCCCUGUGGUAUAGUGGUUGCAACCUAUGAGGCUGAGUGAAAGGGUGGGAAAGGCAAACAGAAGUCAUGGACUGGGUGGCUGGAAUAUAGUACUGGGGGACGACGACACUGAUUUACAUACUUUUGGCUGCAAACGUGGACUUCUGCCUUUAUUCUGAGUGGAUUUAUUAGGACGGUAGGUGUACCAAGGGCCAGAUACAGACUAUCACGGCAGCAUCCCAGCAGAGUUAUUUGUCUGUGAUAUGAUGAAGGAUCCUGCAGGAAUUGAGAAUUGUCAAACCUUCGGGCAGCAGUCAGAUUUCUGUGACAGUUUCCAAAUGCCCAGGACGUUUUUGUGAUUUGCAAAACUGCCGAACUUGCAAGGACCAGCCUCGAAAAUGCUAUUUUUGGUUCCUUAUUGCCCUCCCUUCCUGCUCUCGCAGUAGCCAAGAUUUGAGGAAACUGGGUUGUGCUUUGCUUGGAGUGCGCUAGUGCCUCUUGAGAUUGCCCCCUGGUGGGGCUGCCAUUGUGAAGGGAGGCCAUUAAUGACAGUGAUGGCAAACAGGCAGGCUAAUUGAAAUAAGCAAGUUUGGAGAGAAGAGAGUCCUUCCAGCUGAAUUGCAAGGAGGGGGGGCUCUCCAGCUUAAACUGGAGUAGGUGAGAUGAUACCUUCUAUCGUACUGGCUUGCCUGUGAAAUAUGGAAGAGAACGCAGGCUCUGGCGCUGUUCAGAAUGAGGGAGCCAGACAGAUGUCACUCAGGUUUAUAGAAAGGAGUGGGGUCCCUUAGAUGUUUGGGGCAAGGGCACCUUAACUUGGAGCAGAACCUUUAGUGUGGUUGCCUGUUUUGCGGAAUAGCAUUUCUGAGAUUUGACAGGAGCCACUCUCUGCAUUUCUUCCCCUGUGUUGGCAAAAUGACAAUUCCCCCAAGUGCCCAGCUCUGAAGUUUCCUUGCCUAGGCGUGCCCCUCCUGUUCUUCCGGGUUCUCCCUCCCCAUUGCUCAAUCCCCACUACCUACCCCUCUGCCACCCAAAGAUAGGUGGGCUGGCUUGUUUAAUUUAGUAGCUUUUUGUCUUCUUUGGAGCAUCCUGAAGACUCCUGCUUUUCCAAGUACUUGCGGCUUUAUCAGUUGUUAGGUGAGCUAGAUGAGAAACUUGUGUCAUUGCGCUUUAUUAACUUUGCUAGGGGAGAGAAUGGGGACACGGGUGGCACUGUGGGUUAAACCACAGAGCCUAGGACUUGCCGAUCAGAAGGUAUGUGGUUCAAAUCCCCGUGACGAGGUGAACUCCAUUUGCUCGGUCCCUGCUCCUGCCAACCUAGCAGUUCGAAAGCACAUCAAAGUGCAAGUAGAUAAAUAGGUACCGUUCCGGCGGGAAGGUAAACAGCGUUUCCGUGCGCUGCUCUGGUUCGCCAGAAGCGGCUUAGUCAUGCUAGCCACAUGACCCGGAAGCUGUAUGCCGGCUCUCUCAGCCAAUAAAGCGAGAUGAGCGCCACAAUCCCAGAGUCGGACACAACUGGACCUAAUGGUCAGGGGUCCCGUUACCUUUACCUUUUUUAGGGGAGAGAAACCAUAACUCUUGGUGGGAAACCACCUGCAUUACAUAUUGAAGGUCCAUGGUACCUGGCCUCUUCAGGUGGUGGGAAGAAGAAGAAGAAGAAGAAGAAGAAGAAGAAGAAGAAGAAGAAGAAGAAGAAGAAUUAUUUAUUAUUUAUACCCUGCCCAUCUGGUUAGGUUUCCCCAGCCACUCUGGGCAACUCCCAGCAGAAUAUGAAAAACACAAUAAAACAUCACACAUUAAAAACUUCCCUAAGGGCUGCCUUCAGAUGUCUUCUAAAAGUCAGAUAGGUGUUUGUUUCCUUGACAUCUGAUAGGAGGGCAUUCCACAGGGCGGGUGCCAAUACUGAGAAGGCCCUCUGCCUGGUUACCUGUAACUUCACUUCUUGCAGUGAGGGAACCGCCAGAAGGCCCUCGGAGCUGGACCUCAGUGUCUGGGCUGAACAAUGGGGGCUGGAGAUGCUCCUUCAGGUAGGGCUGGGAAUGUCCCCUUCUUGAAACCUUGGAAAGCCAUCCUUGCAGACCAUAAUAGUGAGCUAGAUGGACCAAUGCUCUGACUCAGUAUAUGUCAGUUUCCUAUGUUCCUAGUUUGGGUUUUGCUUUAUUUUGUACUCCACUAAUCUUUCACCCCUACCCCCACACCUUCCUUCUUCAUUAUUUUUCAAAUUAACUUUUUUAUUAUUUUGGAUAAUAAAAGAGGUUGGCUGGUUGCUUUAGGUCACUGUGGUUUUAUCUCCCAUGAUCAAGGCUGCUUGGCCAACACACAGAGUAAGGAUGCUCCCAGUAGUCUCCAUAGCAGGCCAUAUUCAGCUACAGGGAACCAGGCAGAGGGCCUUCUUGGUAGUGGCACCCACCCUGUGGAACACUCUCCCAUCAGAUGUCAAGGAGAUGAGUAACUAUAAUUUAUAAACCUUUAGAAGGCAUCUGAAGGCAGCCCUGUAUAGGGAAGCUUUUAAAUAUGUAAUGCUUUACAGUGGAACCUUGGUUGUCAAACAUUUCCAUUGAUGCACAUUUUGGCUUUCAAACACCGAAAACCCGGAAGUAACUGCUUUGGUUUUCCAAAGAUUUUCAGAAGCCGAAUGUACCUCACAGCUCCUGUGUUGAGUUUGCCUAUUGUAUUGAGGCUUCAGCUUUCAGUUUUCAGUUUUUGAACAUUUUGGAAGUCGAACGGUCUUCCAGAACGGAUUACAUUUGAAAACCAAGAUGCUACUGUAUUCUGUUUUUAUAUAUGUUGGAAACCACCCAGAAUGUCUGGGGCAACCCAGUCAGAUGAGUUGGGGUAUACCGUAAAUAAUAAAAUUGUUGUUGUUGUUGUUGUUGUUGUUGUUUAGUCGUUUAGUCGUGUCCGACUCUUCGUGACCCCAUGGACCAGAGCACGCCAGGCACUUCUGUCCUCCACUGCCUCCCUCAGUUUGGCCAAACUCAUGCUGGUAGCUUCAAGAACACCAUCCAACCAUCUCAUUCUCUGUCGUCCCCUUCUCCUUGUGCCCUCCAUCUUUCCCAACAUCAGGGUCUUUUCCAGGGAGUCUUCUCUUCUCAUGAGGUGGCCAAGUAUUGGAGCCUCAGCUUCACGAUCUGUCCUUCUUACAAGCUUACACCAGGUUAAUGGGCUUGAUUGGUGAGAAUGCUGACAACCCCCAGAAAAAGAUCCUUAAAACACACAUACCCCUCAUAGAACUACAAUUCCCAGAGUUCCACGAGGACCGGAGAUAAUUCUGGAGCCAGUUUAAGUCUGUAGUCCUAAUGUACGGUAUCUGCAGGUCCUUCCCACAAGAGAGUCUGUCACUGAUGGCUCCACAUGUGUAUUCCUGGAAACAGCUCAGUUGCACUGUGUCACUGCUGGUUGCAUGACCCUCUCUCUCUCUCUCUCCCUUCCCUGGUGGCUCAUUGCCUUGCUACCCACACAACAUCUCCUCAGAGGUUUGAGAUGAGCACAUCUUGCCUACAGGUUCGGGGAUAAGCUCUCCCUUUGGUGUGGAGUCAAGGAGGGGCAGGAGAGGCCCUAUUUCAGAGGGAUAUGAAAUUAGCAACGUCUGAACUGUUCUAGGAGAUAUGGCAAGGGAGAAGGUUGAAAUAAGGAGUGUUAAAAGAGGUGUAAAAAAAUAAUAAUUCAGGAACACAGAAAGCUGCCUUCUACUGGGUCAGGUGAUUUAUCCACCCAGUUCAGUGCUGUCUGCACUGACUGAUGGGGAUUCUCAACAGGGUUUAAGGCAGGGGACUUCCCCAGACCUAUCUAGAAAUGCCAAGGUUGGAACUUGCUGGUUCUGCUCUGUUCCCUUGGGCUUGGGAGAAUUCUGCUUUGAGCCUUGGAGAAGCAGGUCUGUUGGUGGUGGUCUCCUUGUCAGGGGUGCCAACUUGAAUAAAAUAUUGAAUAAAAAACAAAAAUAUCACAUGAUGGGCAUACCCACCCCAUUUGAAUAGCAAUGUCCAUCAACUUGGGGGGGCUGGCACCCUCAAAUAUUUUAUUGGGGGAUGUGGAAGGGACCUCUUCCCAGUCUUUUGGAAAUGUAGCAUUAUUUUUAGGUUAUAAGUUUUGCUUUGGAAAUAGAUGGGAAACUUCUAGCUACUAAAAAACAUUUUUUGUUUAGGCAGCCCUAUCCAGAUGUAUAGAAUGUUGUUGUGUGUUUUAAUCUGGUUUCAGCUGAUUGCUGGUUUUAAUUAUUUUUGAAUGUUGUGAAUAGUCGUUUUUAACUGCUUUUUAACAUAUACUUUUAUUGUUCUGCUCUUUCCGUAAACCACUUUGGGGUUGUAUUACAAAAAAGCGAUUAUUAUUUUUAAAGUAUUUUUAUUAAAGAUUUCUUGGUUUACAAAAGUAUGUGCAAUCUCUCUUUUUUCAGGUUACAUUUUCUACAGAUCAGUUUCAUUUGUUAUGUAGAUACAGUGGUACCUCGGGUUAAGUGCUUAAUUCGUUCCGGAGGUCCGUUCUUAACCCGAAACUGUUCUUAACCUGAAGCACCACUUUAGCUAAUGGGGCCUCCUGCUGCCGCUGCGCCGCCGGAGCACGGUUUCUGUUCUCAUCCUGAAGCAAAUUUCUUAACCCGAGGUAAUAUUUCUGGGUUGGCGGAGUCUGUAACCUGAAGCGUAUGUAACCUGAAGGGUAUGUAAUCCGAGGUACCACUGUAUUGGGAAAUUAGUCAAUCAAUUAAACAAACUCCGCUUUAAAGCAGGGAGCAAGUGCUUAAUCCUUCCCUGCCAGCUGUUUCCCCUUUUAAGCCCAACCCCCUCGAACUGCUUUUCUCUCUGUAGGGGUAAAGAUGCCAUGAACCAGCCUUCCUUUACUCCUGAUACUACUUCCUUUACUUCUGGGUUCCACAGAAACUUGUGUAAUGUGUAGUCUGGCCUUUGACACACAGAAAGGCUUGGGUAGUUAUGAAUGCCAAAUCAACUAAUCACCUUCACCUAGCAACUUUCAGUGGUUAUAAACCAGGGGUCAGCAAACUUUUUCAGCAGGGGGCCGGUCCACAGUCCCUCAGACCUUGGGUGGGGCUGGACUAUAUGGGGGGGCGGAUGAACGAAUUUCUAUGACCCACAAAUAACCCAGAGAUACAUUUUAAAUAAAAGCACACAUUCUACUCAUGUAAAAACACGCUGUUUCCCAGACUGUCCGUGGGCCGGAUUGAGAAGGCAAUUGGGCCGCAUCCGGCCCCUGGCCUUAGUUUGCCUACCCAUGCUAUAAAAGGUAAAGGGCAAAGGGACCUCUGAACAUUAGGUCCAGUCAUGGCUGACUCUGGGGCUGCGGCGCUCAUCUCGCUUUAUUGGCCGAUGGAGCCGGCGUACAGCUUCCAGGUCAUGUGGCCAGCAUGACUAAGCCACUUCUGGCGAACCAGAGCAGCGCACGGAAACGCCGUUUACCUUCCCGCCAGAGUGGUACCUAUUUAUCUACUUGCACUUUGAUGUGCUUUCGAACUGCUAGGUUGGCAGGAGCAGGGACCGAGCAACAGGAGCUCACCCCAUCACGGGGAUUCGAGCCGCCAGCCUUCUGAUCGGCAAGUCCUGGGCUCUGUGGUUUAGCCCACAGCGCCUUCCUCUAUUAAUGGGUUCGCUCACUCGGGUUUUAGGCAUGACCUGGUGUGUGUCUUAAAUUAGCUUGUCCUGUUCCCCUGCUGUUUGUAAACUGCCCCACUGCCAACCCUCUUUUCCACACACACACACACACACACACUUUAUUUUGCUGUAGCCACUAGGCCUCACUCUUCUGCCUGUUCUGGCAAAGCCCUCACUCUUUCAUCAUCCUCCUCACCAAACAGCCUUCUCUAGGAUCCAUUUCCAGCAUCCCACCCCCACCUCCCCCACGGACUGAUCCUCUGCAUAUAGUAGGGACAAAGAAAUAUGCCACUCCAGCUCCAUUCCUAUUCAAAUCUAUGCAAAUGAAUCAAGGUGGCGGGGGGGGGAGAGGGGGAGGGAGAGCUCUGGCUCUCCACUGGUGAGAAGUUGGGGGUUUGAGUCCAGAUGCUGCUGGCGAUGACUAACUCUGCAUGGAACAAACAGGGUAAAAAUAGUCAGAAACUGGGGAUGUACCAGAUGGUGCCAACUCCUGGGGAGACGGUGGGGAAGAGGAACUAGGAAUGUUGACUCCCCCUCCCCUCCCUUCCACCCCAUACUGGGCAUCUGGAGGAUGGGACAUGAUAAAGCAUUUUUACAUUCCCAACUCCAUUCUGCACCUAUGGUUCCCCAACGCACCUUCUUCCUUUCCAUUGCCAGGUUAUUUCCCCACUCUUUCCUGAUGCCAGUGUUUUGUGAAUGCUUGCAUUCCUAACCUUGCGAGCCUAACCUUUUGAUUCCUAAACUUGAGAUUCCUAACCUUGAGAGCCAGUUUGGUGUAGUGGUUAAGAGCGGUAGACUCGUAAUCUGGUGAACCGGGUUCGCGUCUCCACUCCUCCACAUGCAGCUGCUGGGUGACCUUGGGCUAGUCACACUUCUUUGAAGUCUCUCAGCCCCACUCACCUCACAGAGUGUUUGUUGUGGGGGAGGAAGGGAAAGGAGAAUGUUAGCCGCUUUGAGACUCCUUCGGGUAGUGAUAAAGCAGGAUAUCAAAUCCAAACUCUUCUCUUCUUCUUCUUCUUGCACAGCUCCCCAGGUCCCCUUCCAACAGUACCAGGAGUUUCCUGCCUUGCCACUGGUGCCGCUCCCUAUAUCUCACUUAGCCGUGCAUUUUCAGUAGUUUCAGUGUUUAUGCAUCAAACAUAUGUGCUCCUUUUCUUGCACGUGUUGCACCAUGAAUCCGUUUCUGAUGAUCACUGUUGAAAUCCAGGGCUGGUUGCAUUUCGCUGUGGUAUGUGCAAACAGUUGAAAAGAGCUGUGUCGUCGCAAUGCCAUGCAUUGUGAAAGUCACUGAUGGCUUGGUGUCUGUGCAGUAUGCACAGUGUGGGUGGCGCUGUGGUCUAAACCACUGAGCCUCUUGGGCUUGCUGAUCAGAAGGUUGGCGGUUCGAAUCCAUAGCUGUCAACCUUCCCUUUUUUUGCGGGAAAUUCCCUUAUUCCAGAGCCGUUUCCCGCUGCUUCCCGCUGCUAUCCCAGAUUGUUAGAUAUCCCGUAGACUGUCCCCGGGACAGGUGAGGCUGCUGAUCCCUUAUUUUUGAGGCUGCUGAUCCCUUGUUUUCAAAUCUGAAAGUUGACAGCUAUGUUCAAAUCCCCGCGACGGGGUGAGCUCCUGUUGCUCUGUCCCAGCUCCUGCCAACUUAGCAGUUUGAAAGUAUGCCAGUGCAAGUAGAUAAAUAGGUGCCGUUGUGGCAGGGAGGUAAACGGCAUUUCCGUGUGCUCUGGUUUCCAUCACAGUGUCCAGAAGCGGUUUAGCCAUGCUGGCCACAUGACCCUGAAAGCUGUGUGUAGACAAACGCAGGCUUCAUCAGCCUGAAAGCGAGACGAGCACCGCAACACCAUAGUCGCCUUUGACUGGACUUAACCAUCCAGGGGUCCUUUACCUUUACCUUUUUAUAGUUGAGCCCUUAGUUCAAAUAUUCAGCUGAGAGCCAUGGAGUGUUUACAUCAUCAAGCGAUGAGAUCUGGGGGUUUCCAUGUGUUUUAUUGUGCAUUCAUUAUUUGGGCUCGUGAAUGGAUAGUUCCGUUGGUUAGAGCAUGGUGCUGAUAUUGUGUCAAGAACAUGUUGCAGAAUAUGCCCACAAUUAAACACCAUAGAUUUUGACCUAUAGAGCCCUAAAUGGCUCAGGACUGCAAUACCUCAAGAACCGCCACUUUCCAUAUGAAUCGACCCAGACCCUGAGAUCAUCUUCUGAGGUCCUCCUUUGUGUGCCUCUUCCUCGAGAGGUCCGGAGGGUGGCAACAUGAGAACGGGGCCUUCUCUGCAGUGGCCCCCGUCUAUGGAAUGCGCUCCCUAGGGAAGUUUGUCUGGCACCUUCAUUAUACACCUUUGGGUGCCAGGCAAAAACGUUCCUUUUUAACCAGGCCUUUGGCUGACCUAAUCAACAACCUAUACCCUUUAAAAUGUGGCUCUUUUUGGGGGGGGUGUUAUUGGAUUACUGUAUUGUUUUUAUUUUUAUUUCAUAUAUUAUGACCUUUUGUGAAAUGCCCUGAGACCUCCGGUUAUAGGGCAGUAAAAAAGGUAAAGGGACCCCUGACCAUUAGGUCCAGUCGUGACUGACUCUGGGGUUGCGGCGCUCAUCUCGCUUUAUUGGACGAGGGAGCUGGCGUACAGCUUCCAGGUCAUGUGUCCAGCAUGACUAAGCCACUUCUGGCGAACCAGAGCAGCGCACGGAAAUGCCGUUCACCUUCCUGCAGGAGCGGUACCUAUUUAUCUACUUGCACUUUGACGUGCUUUCGAACUGCUAGGUUGGCAGGAGCAGGGACAGAGCAAUGGGAGCUCACCCCAUCACGGGGAUUCGAACCUUCGACCUUCUGAUCAGCAAGUCCUAGGCUCUGCGAUUUAACCCACAGUGCCACCCGCGUCCCCGACAGGGCAGUAUAUAAAUUCAAUAAACAACAACAAGGGCCCCAAGUGGUGUGAAUGCCAGACCAAAGGCUAAGGAGUAAUGACUUGCCCGAGUAAUUCUUUGGCUUAGGUGGCGGGUUCUUGAACUAAGAUCUUCACCAGAACCAAAGUCACCCAGUAGGCAUCUCUCCCUCCCUCCCUCCCUCUCUCUCUCUUGCAGACAGCAAUUUUGUACUGGGCAAUGCCCAAGUCCGUGGCGCCUUCCCUGUGGUCUACUGUUCCGAUGGCUUCUGUGAACUGACCGGCUUCUCCCGGGCUGAGGUCAUGCAGCGCUGCUGUGCCUGCAGCUUCCUCUAUGGACCUGACACCAGCGAACUCGUACGCAACCAGAUCCGCAAGGCGCUGGACGAGCGCAAGGAAUUUAAGGCGGAGCUCAUCCUCUACAGGAAAAGCGGUGAGUCCUUUUCUCACAGAUGGGGCUGCCCUGGUAAGGGCCUCGUGACUCUGUGGGGCGUAGUGGGGAGGUGUCUCUCGUAUGUUGGAGUGUAGAAGGCUGAAGUCUGGGGCGGGUUGCUGGAUUGGUCCUUUCACAGCAGCAAAGUGGAGCCUUGGGUGUGGGAGGAUAUAGAUCCCUUGUUUUCAAAUCUGAAAGUUGACAGCUAUGUUCAAAUCCCCGUGACGGGGUGAGCUCCUGUUUCUCUGUCCCAGCUCCUGCCAACCUAGCAGUUUGAAAGCACGCCAGUGCAAAUAGAUAAAUAGGUACCACUGCGGCGGAAAGCUAAAUGGCAUUUCCGUGCACUCUGGUUUCUGUCACAGUGUUCCGUUAGCCAGAAGCAGUUUAGUCAUGCUGGCCACAUGACCUGGAAAGCUGUCUGUGGACAAACACCGGCUCCCUUGGCCUGAAAGUGAGAUGAGUGCCACAACCCCAUAGUUGCCUUUGACUGGACUUAACCAUCCAGGGGUCCUUUACCUUUACUUUUACCUAUUGGACCAGGCAUCCCAGUAAUGGCAAGAAAGAGUAGGUGAGGCACAGACAGGCUGUUUAGCAGCUCUUCUCAAACCCUAAGGUCUCCAAGGGAAGGUGAAAGGCAAGGCAAGGCAAUUGACCCAUCUGUCCAAGUAGAGUCUCCUCUGUUCUGUAAUCUAGACCAGGGGCUCCCAAGAUGAGGUGUGCUUUCAUCCAGGUGGUCCACGGCACGUCUGCGAAGAGCACUUACAAUUUCAAUUCUACAGGAGUCAAACUGUAAUUCAAUAAAUUGCAAUGCAGCCAAAUACAAUGAUCAAUAGAAUACAAUGAAAACCCAUGCAGCAUCUAGCACAGUGCAUUACAAUUGCUAAAACAGUUAUUAUCAUCUGACAAACAAGACUGCUUGUCUCCUUAGGUGUCCCCUUCUGGUGUCUCCUGGAUGUGGUGCCUAUCAAGAAUGAAAAGGGAGAAGUGGCUCUUUUUUUAGUCUCCCACAAAGACAUCACAGAGACCAAGAGCAGAGCAUCUGCGGACAACUGGAAGGAAGGAGGUGAGGAGACACACUGGCUAGGGAGAGCAGAGAUUGUCCCAUGGGCAGGUCAUUUUAGAGAGUGAAACUUGCCGAUUUCUUCAGCCAGGGGUCUUAAAAAUAAGUUGUUGGGUGAAGUCUCAUAUGCUCAGAGACUUUGAGCCUGUUCAUUGGGGGAUUUAGGAAGUCCAGAGCACUUGUUCUUUAGAUGUCCCUUUUAUGAAGAGGCACUGCUGGUGAAGCUUGCUGACCUCCUGGAAAAGCAAAAAUUAGACCUUUUCCUGUUAGGCAAAGAUCAUAAGACAACCCGGAUGGCUGCCAGAUUCUGUGUACAGAUCUGUAGGUGCAGACCAUCCCUCGACUCAAACUAGUUCGUUAAGAAAAUCCCCAAACUCGGUUCCAUGGGUGAUUCUGGGUCAUCUCUCUGUGGUAGCUUAUCUUAAAGUUUUAAGUGUCUAUACGCUUAUCGCAUUUAUAAAUUUUUUAUUUAUUGUUGUACAUUGUUUUAAAUGUUUGCUUUCCUUCUGGGAUUGUACCCCUAAGUGUGUUUUAUAAGCUGGUCUCCGACCGUAAUAUAAAAAUAUAUAUAAAGUUGUUGGGUGUGAGGAAUUCAAAUCUGCGGUUAUUUUUUUGUGACUGGACAACAUUUAGCUUGGUAAGUCUUCGUUUGGUGAAGAAGCACACAAACUGCUUUUUAAAAACAAUUUGUUACUGGUUUUUAAACAAAUACAAGAAGCACUAAACCAUAAAUAGCAACACCCUAGUGGUCCUGGGCCCUAAGGAAGUUAGAUUGGCUUCAACCAGAGGCAGGGCCUUUUCAGCACUGGCUCCGGCCUGGUGGAACGCUCUGCCUCAUGAGACCAGGGCCCUGCAGGAUCUGAUUUCUUUCCGCAGGGCCUGUAAGACAGAGUUGUUCCGCCUGGCCUUUGGCUUGGAGCCAAUUUGAUUCCCUCCCUCCCUCUCUUUCUUUUUUUUUUUUUCCUUUUCCUCCUGCGAUGAGGCUACAUUUUAAUAUUUUAAUGUUUCAUUAUUUUAAUGUUGUAUUUUAAUUUUGUUUUUAAGUUGUAAUCAUUCAACUUGUUUUUAUUAUUGCUUGUAAGCCGCUCUGAACCCGGCCUUGGCUGGGGAGGGCGGGGUAUAAAUAAACAUUAUUAUUAUUAUUAUUAUUAUUAUUAUUAUUAUUAUUAAACAACUUAUCCAGCAGUAAAUCUUAAUGAUGUUUGCUUUAUCCAUUGUCUCAGGACAUGCACUUACAUGUUCAACUAUUACUUAAUGUAACCGCUCCACUGAGAAUAUUGAGUGGUUGGUGUAUUGAUUUUGGUCAUUAGUAUAGUUAAAGAAAGGGGUCCACGUUUCUUGGAAGGUAUCUCUAUUCAUUGUGCCUUCAAUUGUCCUCCUGUGUCUGGUGAAACACUCAGACAUUGCUGUAUCCCAGAUAUUAUUUUCCUAUAGGUUCAGGGGUAUUUCAGUCUGGCUCUUCUACUGCUGAGCUAUCACUAAUCGUGUUAUGGUCAAUAAGAAAUAAACUGCAUUUAGGAAACCAUAGAAAUUUAAUUUUGCCUUCUGAAAAUGUCAGGUAAUGUGAAAUAAUAAUAACAGCAACAACAAGUAAAUAAAAUAAUAUUAAUAUGUAAUACAACUGCAGGUACUUGGCAAUCAUUUCAAAUGAUUUCUGUGCAGUUUGAGAAACAUUUUGCUUACCAAGAAAAACUAAAUUAAAUUAAUUUGACCCAAAUAUCUUUCGAAUUCCCAAGACAUGUUACAACUUUUUAGCACCCUCAUUUUUGGAAUUCAAAAGCUGAAAAAUUUAACACGCCCAAAUUGGGCUAUGCUGGGGUAGCUAACACGAUGCCUUCAGAAUGCUGCUGGACUACAAGUCCCAUCAUCCCUGACCAUUGGCCAUGCUGGUUGAAGCUGAUGGGAGUUGUAGUCCUUCGACAUCAGGAGAGUACCACAUCCCCAAGCCAUGGUUGGACCAGAGAGGCCUGAGAGCUCUUAGAGAUUGUGCAAUGGAGAAAGGUCAUAUUUCAGUAGCUGGUAGAGAGAGGAAAUCCUAGGGAAAUUGCUGAUGUGGGGAGUGUAUCCCACACCAUCCCCUAUUUUUUUCUGUGCCUUUACAUCUUUAGCGGGGCUUCAUGUGAGAUAAUUAUAGCAGAUUUCCUUCCUCCUGACUACCAAAACAUGCUGCCAUUUUUAGUCUGCAAUUCUAAAAGUGAGAGGCAAGCAUUCAUUGAACAGAUGCUAAAGAAGAUGUGAAUAAGGACAGGUAAGGAGGAGGAGGAGGAGGAGACAGACAGAGAAAAUAAAUAAAAAAUACUGCUCCAAAUAACUUGCAACUUUACCAGUAGAACCCUCCAGAAACACACACACACUGUAACAGAGUUAGCAACUCCCCCUUCCCCCAUGGUCCCGGGCCUGGCUCCUGUGCCUUUAAUAGCAGGGUGACAGGCAGAGAUUCAGCAGGUGAAGUUUGUACCGCCCUGUGGAACGCCCUCCCAUCAGAUGUCAAAGAAAUUAACAACUAUCUGACGUUUAGAAGACAUCUGAAGGCAGCCCUGUUUAGGGAAGUUUUUCAUGAUUGAUAUUUUAACGUAUUUUUAAUCUUUUGUUGGAAGCCGCCCAGAGUGGCUGGGGAAACUGUUAUGUACUGAAGUUCUCACCCUGGGCCAGCAGGGGGAUACUGUAGAUAGUUAUGCAAAUAAGGGAUCGAAAGUGACAUUCAGUGAUUGGAUAGUUUUAGAAAAUUGUUACAGUUACAUUGCACUGGAGCUCUAUAUAAGCCGGCUGACUGAACCCUUCAGUCCAGUUCUGUCCUGGCCUGUGAAUAAACAAGAGCUGUUGAAGAAUCGCUGUGUCAUCUGAUAUGUUCACCCACAACUUAACAGAAACCCAGCCAGAUGGGCGGGGUAGAAAAAAAAUUAUUAUUAUAUUAUUAUAAUUAUUAUUAUACCCACAUCUCUGUGCUAGGAAAAAAACAGCUCUGUUUGGGUGCCCUGCCCACAGUGAAGUGGCAACCCUGUUUAUUUGGCGUAUCACGGCACAUGCAGCGGUGAAAAGGUGGACUUGCGUUAAGUAACUCCCCCCCGCUUUGCUGGAAAUUAUCUGAAAAUGUUAAGCUUCCCCUUCUCCCCCAUGUCAAUGUAGUUUCUUAAGUACAUUGUACUUUAAUGCUCUGGUCCUGUCCACAUAACUUGUGAUGGUUCUGGCAUCUGCUGCCCAAGCCCUUCUGCUGAUGCAACUGUGCUGUUUGUUCUCUGCUGCCUCCACAUUCAACUCCCCUGCCAAGGGAAGCCAAACGCUGCAUUCUGAAAAAGUUGCCCAUAUUUUGGCAUAAUAUAUGUUGCUUUUGCUAGCUGCAAAGAGGGACAGCGGACAGUGUAGAGAAUUGGAGCCCUGCCCUGCACCUGGGGAAUCCUGCACAGCCCUCUCUGGCACCUGAAAUUUCAUGAAAACUGCCCGUUCCAGCCUCCCUGAUGACCAUUGUUCCCUAUGUUUUUCAUUUUGAAAGGAACCAUGGUUGGACAGCAGCAACUUGCAGGUGGGGGCCGUGGAGUUAAUAAUAGUACAGUCGUACCUUGGUUUUCGAACAGAAUGCGUUCUGGAAGUCCGUUCGACUUCCGAAACGCUCGAAAACAAAGGCAUGGCUUCUGAUUGGCUGCAGGAGCAUCCUGCAGCCAAUCGGAAGCUACGGAAGCUGUGUCGGACGUUUGGCUUCUGAGGCAAAGUUUGCAAACAGGAAUACCUACUUCUGGGUUUGUGACGUUUGAGUUCCAAGUUGUUUGUGAACUAAGCUGUUCAAAAACCAAGGUACGACUGUAAUAUUUAUACAUACAUACAUACAUACAUACAUACAUACAUACCCCGCCCAUCUGGCUGGGUUUCCCCAGCCACUCUGGGUGGCUCCCAACAGAAUAUUAAAAACACAAUAAAAUAUCAAACAUUAAAAACUUCCCUAAACAGGGCUGCCUUCAGAUGUCUUCUAAAAGUCAGAUAGUUGUUUAUUUCUUUGACAUCUGAAGGGAGGGCAUUCCAGAGGCGGGCACCACUACUGAGAAGGCCCUCUGCCUGGUUCCCUGCAACCUCACUCCUCGCAGGGAGGGAACCACCAGAAGGCCCUCGGAGGCGGACCUCAGUGUCCGGGCUGAAUGAUGGGGGUGGAGAUGCUCCUUCAGGUAUACUGGGCCGAGGCCAUUUAGGGGUUUAAAGGUCAGCACCAAUACUUUGAAUUGUGCUUGGAAAUGUACUGGGAGCCAGUGUAGGUUUUUUAGGACUAAUAAUAAUAAUAAUAAUAAUAAUAAUAUUUAUACCCUGCCCAUCUGGCUGGGUUUCCCCAGCCACUCUGGGCAGCUUGCAACAGAACACUAAAAACAGAAUGAAACUUCAAACAUUAUGUUAUAUGAUCUCGGCAGCCACUCCCUGUCACCAGUCUAGCUGCCACAUUCUGGAUUAGUUGUAGUUUCCGGGUCAUCUUCAAAUGUAGUCCCACGUAGAGCGCAUUGCAGUAGUCCAAGCAGAAGAUAACCAGAGCAUGCACCACUCUGGCAAAACAAUCCGGCCAUUUUACAGAAGAGCCACACUUCAGAGACGUAGGUGGGCAGCGGGUCACAAGUGCAUCUGCAAAAUCCCAUUUUUUGCAGGUACAAUAACAGCAAUUGCACAUUUCUGUCUGCCCUACAGGUGCACAGAAUCAUGCAAUUAACACAAUCAUGCAACUAACGCUGUAUUUAGCUUGAUCCUUGGGCGCACUUACCGGCAAUGUCUUUCCCAACCUUGAGAUACUGAGCAUUGAACCUGGGACUCCUUUUUUGCGUGCAUACCGUGUGCUCUGCCCCUGAGCUUGUACAGAAACAUUUAAUUUUUCACCUAGGUCUCCCAUUAACUUUACAGGCAUUUGUUUGCUUUACUCUCUGUGAAUUGUGCCGCUGGGUUUUGUGCGUGCAGGAAGAGGUUUUUUUUUCCCCCUUCUCCUACAUUUGGAGAUGCAUGUCUAAAAUAAUGUGUUUAUACUCCUUCAGAGCAGCAAUGCCACACGGAGGAUGGCAUUACAGCCAAUUAGUUCUGCUAGCUGGCAGAGUUACUCUGCUAGAUGGAAUUUCUGACAACGCCUUUGUGUGUGUGCAAGAUUAGCAUUGUUGCGUGUGCAUUGUCGUGGCUGAUGGGUAAAGAGGAGCGUAUGCACGCCAGCGUAGAAGGAGGGUAUAGACAGAAGACUUACGGCAAGACAUCCAGGCACACAGGAGAGAUAUUUCAUCUGCCUUCAAAAUCUGAGCAGGAUUCUCACUGAAUUCCAUAGUGCUUAGAACUGAGCUAUAGGAUUGUCCUGUAAAGUAUCUUAUCAUUAUUAAGGACUUAGCAUAUCAGAGUGCUAAGGAAUCAAAAGGUUUUGUGUCCCUUUUGUAGGAAAUGCAUCCUUUUGUGUGUGUGUGUGUGUGUGUGUGUGUGCGUGCACACACACAUAUAUAUGCACACCCCUUGGUCAUGUGAUGUUAAUGAGCAGAUAAACAUGAGUAUGGUCAUGGAAUCAUAGAAUUGGAAGAGACCCCACGGGUCAUCUAGUCCAACCCCCUGCAAUGCAGGAAUCUCAGCUAAAGCAUCCAUGACAGAUGACCACCCAACACCUGCUUAAAAACCUCCAAGGAAGGGGAGUCCACCACCUCUGGUGGGAGUCUGCUCCACUGCCGAACAGCUCUUACUGCCGGAAAGUUCUUCCUGAUGUUUAUUUAGUCAGAAUCUUCUUUCUCGCACACAACUUGAAGGCGUUGUUUUGGGUCCUACCCUAUAGAGCUAGAGAAAACAAGCUUGCUCCAAUAUGUGUGUGUGUGUGUGUGUGUGUGUGUGUGUGCUCAUGAGCAUGCUGAAAGCCUUGUCAUCGAAACUUGAGGAUCUACAUAUGCAUGAGAUUCAGGAGAAAUGGAGAUCCACUCUAGGCAACAAUAGAGAGGAAUGUGUGGAAUCACCCAGAAAUGCAGGUGUGUCUUUCAAAGUGUUGGUGCUGACCUUUAAAGCCCUAAACAGUCUCAGCUCAGUAUACCUGAAGGAGCGUCUCCACCCCCAUUGUUCAGCCCAGACACUGAGGUCCAGCUCCAAGGGCCUUCUGGCAGUUCCCUCACUGAGAGAAGUGAGGUUGCAGGGAACCAGGCAGAGGGCCUUCUUGGUGGUGGCACCCGCCCUGUGGAACGCCCUCCCGUCAAGGAAAUAAACAACUACCUGACUUAUAGAAGACAUCUGAAGGCAGCCCUGUUUAGGGAAAUUUUUAAUGUAUGAUGUUCUAUUGUGUUUUUAAUAUUCUGUCGGGAGCUGCCCAGAGUGGCUGGGGAGGCCCGGCCAGAUGGGCAGAGUAUAAGUAAUAAAUUAUUAUUGUUGUUGUUAUUUUCCGCUGGGCACCUGCACACCUCAGAAUUGCCCCUUCCGUAAGAAUGUAAAGGAGCAUCUCUCGUCUUAACCAACCAAAUGUCUGCCCUUGUCAGGUGGACGGCGACGUUAUAGCCGAGCUGGGGCCAAAGGCUUCAACGCCAACCGUCGCCGGAGCCGGGCUGUGCUCUACCAUCUCUCUGGGCAUCUCCAGAAGCAGGGCAAAGGGAAGCGAAAGCUCCACAAGGUAUGUUUGCAUGGGCAAGGGAACCUUUUUAGAUUGCCUGGGCUGCUUGCAGUGCUUUGAUGUCCACUUACCGUGUGGCCUGGACUGUGUGGGUUUUGAUGCGGGGGCAGCCGAUAUGGGAGACAGCCCUGUGAUUUGGAGUGGUGACCGCUCUUGUCCUUCUCUCCCCCCCCCACCAGGGUGUCUUUGGGGAGAAGCCUGCCCUCCCCGAAUACAAGGUGGCUGCAGCGCGCAAGUCCCCCUUCAUCCUGCUGCAUUAUGGGACCUUCAAGGCCGGAUGGGAUGGCCUGAUUCUGCUGGCCACCCUGUACGUGGCUGUGACCGUGCCCUACAGCGUUUGCUUCAGCGGCACCAAAGAUGAGGGGCUUCCAGAGGCCGCUCGGGCACCCCCCAGCAUCUGUGAUCUUUCGGUUGAGAUCCUUUUUAUCCUAGGUAAGGAGAUCAGACGAAAGACUGGGAAGGGGCCAUUACUCACUGUUAGAACAAGCAGAAGGUCAUAGAAUCAGAGAAUUGUAGAACUGCAAAGUUGGAAGGGACCCCAAGAGUUAUCUAGUCCAACCCCCUGCAAUGCAGGAACCUCAACUAAAACAUCCAUGACAGAUGGCCGUCCAGCCUCUGCUUAAAAGCCUCCAGUCAAGGGUCUCGGCUUCAGUUCCCAGCCUAUCUGUCAAGGAUGCUUCACGGCCAAAGGAAUGCAUACAGCAGUUAGGUCAGUCUCCGAUGUCUUUUCUUUUUGAAGUAUUUUGUAUUUUAUUUUACAAGUAUCAAAUUAUAACAGUACAACCAUAGGUAAAGGUAAAGGGACACCUGACCAUUAGGUCCAGUCGUGGCCGACUCUGGGGUUGCAGCGCUCAUCUCGCUUUACUGGCCGAGGGAGCCGGCGUACAGCUUCCGGGUCAUGUGGCCAGCAUGACUAAGCCGCUUCUGGCAACCCAGAGCAGUGCACGGUAACGCCGUUUACCUUCCCGCCGGAGCAGUACCUAUUUAUCUACUUGCACUUUGAGGUGCUUUCGAACUGCUAGGUUGGCAGGAGCUGGGACCGAGCAAUGGGAGCUCACCCCAUCGCGGGGAUUCGAACCGCCAACCUUCUGAUCGGCAAGUCUUAGGCUCUGUGGUUUAACCCACAGCCCCACCCGCAUCCCCAUACAACCAUACACAUCCACAUUUAAAGAAAUCUCUAGACUUCCCACCUUCCCCUCCAUUUGUCCUGUUGUUAACUUUUUCAACUGCAUAUUUUUCAAUAGUCCAUGUUUUAUAUGGCUCAAUUAUCUCCAUAAUUCUUGCUACAUUACAAGUGUUAUUGCAAUCCUGCUGUAGUUUUCGUCUGCUUACAGUGAUCUCCAAGAUAAAUUACACAUUUUCCCCAUUCUUUGUUAAAGUUUUGGUCUUCUUGGUUUCCAAGCUUUCCGGUUAGUUUUGCCAUUUCGGCAUAAUCCAACGGUUUAAUUUGCCAUUCUUCUCUGGUAGGUGCUUUAUCUUCUUUCCAUCUCUGAGCUAGUAGCAUCCGUGCGGCUGUCAUCGCAUACAUACUCUUCAUUGUCAAAGAAUGAACACUUACCACUGUUUCCGCGGCUCCGAAUACCCACACACGCCAGUCUAGAGUCUAGGCAGCUAUUCCCAUGUCCAUGCUUCAUGUAACACUUGCAGCAACUGAGGACCACUCCAGCAGUUUAUGAACCUUCCCCCAACGGGCUGCGCACAUGCCACCGGAGGCUAUGCCCGCAUGGAAGCUGCCUCUGCUCUUCUCUCUUCUGUCCCCUUCUGGUUCUGGGAGACAGGGGCUCAGGAGAGGGUGGGGAAGCUCCUGGUUCCUACCCUUUCCUGGGAGGUGGAGCCAGAGGUCUCCGCAGUCAGUGUUAGGUAAGCACACCGUGGUUGACUGAGUAGCAGUAUUUGCAAAAUCUCCAGCCUCUUUUAAUCCACAAGAAAAAGUUUACAGUGGUACCUCAGGUGACAGAUGCUUCAGGUUACAGACGCUUCAGGUUACAGACUCCACUAACCCAGAAAUAAUACCUCGGAUUAAGAACUUUACCUCAGGAUGAGAACAGAAAUCGUGCGGUGGUGGCGUGGCGGCAGCAGGAGGCCCCAUUAGCUAAAGUGGUACCUCAGGUUAAGAACAGUUUCAGGUUAAGAACGGACCUCCGGAACGAAUUAAGUUCUUAACCCAAGGUACCACUGUAUUCACAAUAUGACCUGUUCCUGUAUCCAGCUUGUGUGAUUUGUUUUAACUUUUAUACGGAUACGGAGUUCCCUUUGUUUGUUAAACCCUUGCUUUGCAAGGGACUGAAUCCGCUCACCUUUGCUGAUGUCAGGAUCCCUCUGCCAGGUUCAGGAAGAAAAAGGGCUUUGUUCACAUGUGUGUGUGUGUGUAACAGAUACCAGACUUUUGGCAACAAAGAAGCAAUGCGAUAUGCGGUGCCAUGCUUGCCAGCUGCCAACCGUGGCUGAUUUCUCCAUUUGUUUAUUUCGUAAAAGUUAUAUACCACUUGAUUGGGGGGGACACACACCCUCAAAGUAGUUUACAAAAAACUAAAACUAUAUAAUUAUUACUUUUCAUUUCACUUUAAAUUUGUAUAACUCCUUUCUAUAGUACUAUACACAAGGCAGUUUAUAGCAACAAAAUAUACAGCAAAGAACACACACCUUAUAAUAAUCUGAUCCAAUACAAAAAGUCAUAAUAAAACAUAACUUUAAAAUUGAAUGACUUAUAUUGUCUUCUUUCUUCUUUGGCAAUUACUCGUUGCCAAGUAAGAUUGUCUUCCGUGAAUACGGUCUUAACAGUGAGUCCGUAAGUGACUGUGGAGGCCCAUUCUGGAUCCACACGUCCUUCCACAGUGGGGACAUAAGUUUCCGGGUGGGAGUUGAUCAGGUCAGGGAAGCGUUCCUUCCUCUUAGCGCGUGUCUCCCUUUCGCCCUGAGUUCGAGUGUCUUCAAAGCCCAUGACACCUUUGGUAGAGGCUGUUCUCCAAUUGGAGCGCUUGCAGGUCAGUGUUUCCCAGUUGUCAGUGUUUAUACUACAUUUUUUAAAGUUUGCCUUGAGACAGUCUUUAAACCACUUUUGUUGACCACCGGCAUAAUACGUUCCAUUUUUAAGUUCGGAAUAGAGUAGUUGCUUUGGAAGACAGUAAUCAGGCAUCUGCAACAGUCUAUUAGAAUAUAAUAGUAUGCAAUAAAAUUAACUCUCAGAAUAUCAGCAAAUAAUAAACAGAAAUUCACUCUUAACAAUUACAAUAAAUAAUUACUCAACUAUGAUCAAUAAAAACAACGGCAAGUCAAAUUGCCUGAAAUACCACAAUACAUACAAAACCAUGUAAAAGGAUCAAAUUGAGAAACAAAGACACAAAACUUAUAAAACUAUUUUUUAAUAAAUCCUAGCAAGUAAAACAAACUACAGGGGUACCUCGGGUUACAGACGCUUCAGGUUACAGACUCUGCUAACCCAGAAAUAGUACCUCAGGUUAAGAACUUUGCUUCAGGAUGAGAACAGAAAUUGUGUGGCAGCAGCAGGAGGCCCCAUUAGCUAAAGUGGUACCUCAGGUUAAGAACCGUUUCAGGUUAAGAACGGACCCCCAGAACGAAUUAAGUUCUUAACCCGAGGUACCACUGUAUUUAAUACGUUAUAAACUGAAACCCACAAUAAACUGAAAAGCACACCAGCAUUCUAGAUAUCUGGGAAGGCUUCCCUAAACAAAAAUGCCUUUAGCAGGCACAAGUAAUAAUACAGUGAAGGCGCCUGCUUGAUCUCAGUGUGCAGGCAAUUCCAAAGUUUAAGCGCUGCCACACUACCUCCUAGUGCUUACAUGCAAAGGUGUAAAAGUUUCCCUCCCUCCUCUAUCCCUCCUCUGGCGGUUCCCUCAUUGCGAGAAGUGAGGUUACAGUGAACCAGACAGAGGGCCUUCUCGGUAGUGGCGCCCGCCCUGUGGAAUGCCCUCCCUUCAGAUGUGAAGGAAAUAAGCAGCUAUCUUCUCUUUAAAAGUAAUCUGAAGGCAGCCCUGUUCAGGGAAGUUUUUAAUAUUUAACGCUGUUCUGUUUUUAACACUUGAUUGGGAGCCGCCCAGAGUGGCUGGGGAAACUCAGCCAGAUGGGUGGGGUAUAAAUAAUAAAUUGUUGUUGUUGUUGUUGUUGUUGUUGUUGUUAUAUCACAACAUCAGGCAGAGAUUCUGCCUAGCAAACUGCCUCCUCAACCAGCAGGCGCCUUUAUAGCUCACAUUACCUCAAUUCAGUAAUUUCCAACAGACAUUGUCUUCACAUUCAUUUCUGAGUCAUCAAAUGAUAGGUCAAUUGGUAGAGCGCGCGCGCGCACACACACACACACACGAACGAACACACAAUACAACACUUUAGUGUGCAGUCAUUAAUUGCUCCCAUUUAUCAGGUGAAGCAGUUAAGGCAGAGCCAUCUCCUUUACUAUUCAUGGUGCCUUUCAGCCCACAGCCUCUGCUCCUAUGCCUUCCUCAGCAUUUGAGCUGAAAGUGUGGGAAUGUUCAGGGUGGCAGGAGAGGAUAUAUUGUUUAUUAAUAUCCUUUUUACAUUCCCCUUUUUACAUGCACAGCAGAUAGCUGGUUGCAGGCUCGUGUGAGCUUCUCACUAAUAUACAGUUCAGUCUGUCUCAGACUGAAUCGUACAUUCCUGGUAAGCUCCCUUGAAUCCCUCUUAAAAGAAUAAAGACACCAGAGUCUUAUUGAUAAGUAACAAAAGGAAGGUUUACUCAUGAUCAGGCAGAGCACAGUGUGAUCCCUGAAGGCAGACUUAGUUACAAAUAUGUACAUGUGGAUCUACCCCAUAGGGAGGAAUGAUCCCAGUGCUUUGGCUAGCUGGAAACUAGCAGAGCAGUCCUAGCUAGAAGCUGGUCAAAUGAAGAAUAAGAGUGAGGUGUGCUGCGUGACUCGUCCUUUUGUUACUUGGACAGGUUAGGUCAUGCCCACCUUCUAUCACAUGCAAAAGGAAGGAUGCUCCAGCCAGGAGGAACAGAAACAGGAAGUUUUGAUUGGCUGGACCAAACAUUCCCUUGCAUGUCUUCUCUAGCAUUACAAGGAAUGUUGUACUUGACUGCUCCCAGUGGAUUACAUCUCACAGAAAGGAGGCAGCCAAUCCCGAUUAAAGCUGUGUUUCUUUAUUUAUUUCCAUUUAGCUUCACCGCAAACCAUAGUCUAGCUCAGCGGUGAUGGGGAAACAUGCCCUGCUUGACUCCAACACCCAUGAGCCCCAGCCAACAUGGCCAACGGUCAGGAAUUAUGGGAAAUGUAGUGCAACAGCAACCACAGGUGCAAUUGCUGCGGACUUGCUCCUUAACAUUUCUGCCCUUUCUUUCCAGACAUCGUGCUGAAUUUCCGCACCACCUUUGUGAGCAAGUCAGGGCAGGUGGUAUUUGACCCUCAUGCCAUUUUCCUGCAUUACCUGACCCGCUGGUUUGUACUGGACCUCAUAGCAGCACUGCCGUUCGACCUCCUCUAUGCUUUCAAGGUCAAUGUGGUGAGUUUUUGGUGAGGCGCUGUGUUACAGGAUGCAAAAAAAAGGGCUGAAGUCUGCAGCUGCCUGUAGAUCUCCCGCUGGUGCCUGGUGCCAUUUUGCUGGGCAAAGCUGGUAUUAUAACCUAGUUGGGUUUGGGGUUUUCUCCUACAAGUCCCUGAGACUUGUCUCUCUCCCUCAACAUUUAAUUUACAUGUAAGCCAAAACAAAACCUAAAAGCUGGAAUAUGUUUCUGCGGCAAAGUCAUGCCUUCCGUCCCUAUGGAUUACAAGAACCGUGAUUCAUCUGGCAUGAGAGAAAUCUACUCUGUAUAUGCUCAGAGGUGCUCUUCACCCCAGGCAUGAAUUAAAAUAGCCCACGCUAAUGCAUCAUACAGUUGAUUCAAGUUAUCAGCAUUGUCUGAAACACACUUCAGGGUCCUGUGAGGGCUAAUAAUCACUAGCAUCUGGGCUUAAACAGUUUGGAAAAGCUAGCAUGUCCUUCCAAGCUCAGCACUGGCCUGAUAGGAUUGGUAGAGUCACCUCUAUGGCGAUGUACGGCCUCCUCAGCGGGAGACAUUAAUACAACGAUAAAAAGAAACCAGCUUGCUGAAGAUUCUUAGGUGAUUGCCCAGACACGAUGUUAAAAACAUGAAUACACUGGAAUGCACCUGUUUUUUGUUUUUCGAACCAUAACAGCUUCAGCGCUGUGUGUGUGGGAGGACAAGCAGGACUGCAAAUAUUGUAUGUGGGGAGGCAAGUUUCCUUUUCCCCCACCCCCUCCAUGGUGCGGUUCUGCUUAAAACCCCUCCCCACUUCAAAACUGCUGUUAGCGCUAAGCCAGAAGCUUCCCUUUGCUCCUAUGGAACUCUUCACUCUUAAACAAAGACAGGGGGCUUUCCUAGGGGGCUGUCCUGCUACCUGGGCUCCAACCCAGUUUUGAGCUCUACCCACCCAGCCACAUGCCCCCCCUCCCAUUUUUCAGAUGACCUCCCAGUUUGUGGCAGGCCUAUAUCCAGAAAUGUGAUAAUGAGACGGCCACUUGGGCUGUUGGCUGGUGUCUUGAUGGAAACGGUAAAAACCUAAAUCUAAGUGUGAUGCACUUUAAAGCUGUUUAGCUAAUUAAGCUAAUUCAUUAGCAGACCUGGCAUAUAUUUUAUUGUUAUCCUUUUCCUUACUCCCCCCCCCCCCAAAAAAAGUCAUGCUUUAAAUUUUGGGAGGAAAGAUAGUAAACAUUUUUUCAAUGCAAAUAGGGACAUCCCAUUCCACAACGAUAAUUUUACUGUUUAUACCCCACAUGUCUGACUGGGUUGCCCCAGCUACUCUGGGCAGCUUCCAACAUAUAUAAAAACAUAAUAAAACAUGAAACAUUCUCUGUACAGGAUUGCCUUCAGACGGCUCAGGGGUCGGAUAACUCCAUACCCUCCAACAUUUCUCCAAUGAAAAUAGGGACGUCCUAAGGAAAAGCGGGACAUUCCGGGAUCAAAUCAGAAACAGAGAUGGCUUCUCUAAAUUAGGGACAUCCCUGGAAAACAGGGACACUUGGAAGGUCCGAACUUGCAUUUAAUUCAGAGGGAGAUGCAUUCUGAAGGGGCAAGCUCACCACACCCACCCACCCACCCACCCACCCACAUCUGCUUGAAGCCCCAUUCUUGAGGAUCCCUUCUUCCAUCACCAGGAGCGCCAACCUGCCCCCACAGCCGUGGCUGCCUGGGAUCAUGCAUGCCACGCAGCGUGCUUUGCCCUGGCACCAAAAUUUGUGGGUGGUUGUUCCCUUGAUGGAAAAUUUUGUGGGUGCUCGGGCACCCAGGGCCCCAGGUAGUUGGCACCUAUGCCCAUCACACCCCGCCCCACAACUUCCCCUCCGUCAGCCCUCCAGGACCUCCUCUUCUUCCGUGGUUCAAUUCCCACCCCGGCCCUCCACAUUGCAGCUCCCCCCGCGCCCGAGGGGCCAAUGCAAGUUGACGCAACUUCUCUCUCUCUCUUUCCUUUUCCCUCUCCUUCCCACCCCACUCAGUACUUCGGGGCUCAUCUGCUUAAGACGGUGAGGCUCCUGCGCCUGCUGCGCCUGCUGCCCAACCUGGACCGGUACUCGCAAUACAGCGCCGUGGUGCUGACCCUCCUCAUGACCGUCUUUGCGCUCCUGGCACACUGGGUCGCCUGCGUCUGGUACUUCAUCGGGCAGCGCGAAGUCGAGAGCAGCCCCUCUCAGCUGCCGGGGAUCGGUGAGUGGUUGUUUUUCUUUUGGUCUUUGCUCUUCCCGCCAAAUAAGCAAGCAUUGUGCGACUCAAUGGGGGCGUGCACGCGUGUGGGUGCAUGUGGGUGCGUGCCCACGCGUGCAUGCAAACCGAUGCUGCAGAUGCCACAUAAAGAAUAGUCCUGGCGCGCACGCUCGCUUUCACUUUGGGGGCGAUGAGUUCUCCUAUAAUUACUGUUGUCUACCCGACUCCUGGGACUGCGUGACGGCAGGCUUAGCAAGCAACCGCUGCCUUUACCUUGCCAAAUCUUCUGGGACUCGGAUCCUGACAAUCAGCGGGCGGAGCCUCGGUGCUCCAAAUGUGGCGCUUAUUGCCACUUGGCGCAUAGUCGGAAGAUCACUCCCAAGCCCCUCGCUUACUUGAUCUCGUGGGAUUUACUGACACAAACGCACACCUUUUUCCUCUCCCCGCCCCCCGUCACUUUUAAAAAAGCAAGCAAUAUUUUUUCCCCUUGAUAACUGCAGCUGGCGCAACUGAUGUUGGCGGGGUUGUUUUGGGGCAUGUUUUGGGCUCUUCUGUGCGCUGGGUUGUUUUUAGCAAGAGAGGGAAAGGGGCUGUUCGUGCAUUUCUGUGGAGCUUGCCUGAAGAUCCCAACUUCUCCUGGCACUUUGGAAAAAACCAAAGCGAGUGAAAGGAAACAGACCCUGCCUCUCCGCUGCCCAAUUUUCGUUUGCAGCGAUAACGAUGAGCAGGGAUCUCGUGCCCCCACCUCGUGUUUUUAAAUGAACGAGAUGCUAGCCAGGAAGUAAGCCCAACUGAAUUCAGUGGGGGCUUGUUGUUGUUGUUUAGUCGUGUCCGACUCUUCGUGACCCCAUGGACCAGAGCACGCCAGGCACUCCUGUCUUCCACUGCCUCCUGCAGUUUGGUCAAACUCAUGCUGGUAGCUUCGAGAUAUGAUAGCCAUGUUCAAAUAUAUAAAAGGAUGUCACAUAGAGGAGGGAGAAAGGUUGUUUUCUGCUGCUCCAGAGAAGCGGACACAGAGCAAUGGAUCCAAACUACAAGAAAGAAGAUUCCACCUAAACAUUAGGAAGAACUUCCUGACAGUAAGAGCUGUUCGACAGUGGAAUUUGCUGCCAAGGAGUGUGGUGGAGUCUCCUUCUUUGGAGGUCUUUAAGCAGAGGCUUGACAACCAUAUGUCAGGAGUGCUCUGAUGGUGUUUCCUGCUUGGCAGGGGGUUGGACUCGAUGGCCCUUGUGGUCUCUUCCAACUCUAUGAUUCUAUGAUUCUAUGAGAACACUGUCCAAUCAUCUCGUCUUCUGUCGUCCCCUUCUCCUUGUGCCCUCCAUCUUUCCCAACAUCAGGGUCUUUUCCAGGGAGUCUUCUCUUCUCAUGAGGUGGCCAAAGUACUGGAGCCUCAGCUUCAGGAUCUGUCCUUCCAGUGAGCACUCAGGGCUGAUUUCCUUCAGAAUGGAGAGGUUUGAUCUUCUUGCAGUCCAUGGGACUCUCAAGAGUCUCCUCCAGCACUAUACACACACACACACACACACACACACACACAUAUUUAAAUGAUGCUAACCCUUUUCCAGAUCCUUGGUUUCUUUGAAGGUUUUCACCAGCUAGCUUUCAGGAGGAGAGGAUCUUUCUAAUAACCUGCUUUCCCCCUUCCUCUUCCUCCCAGGGUGGCUGCAGGAGCUGGCCCGUCGCCUCGAGACGCCCUACUACUUGGCUCAGAGGAACAGCAGCGCUGAGGACGACUCCGCCAACGGGACCAGCCCGGCUCUGAACGGCAGCACGUGGGAGCUUUUAGGGGGCCCCUCACUGAGAAGUGCUUAUAUCACCUCCCUCUACUUCGCCCUCAGCAGCUUAACCAGUGUGGGCUUUGGCAACGUGUCGGCAAACACCGACUCGGAGAAGAUUUUCUCCAUCUGCACCAUGCUGGUGGGGGGUGAGUAAGGCCCUAAGCCUGGGGCGGCAGUGGGCUGGGAGUGAGGAGCAUCGGCAGGUUUUGUUUUGUUGUUUUAUUAAAAAAAGAAAACAACAACAACAUGUCAUUCUGCUCUUCCUCCUCGUUUCCCUUUUCGUAGCUCCUGGUUAUCAUGACAACCACGGGGCAAGCGCCUUCUAUAAAUACGGCUUUUAAUUUGGUGCUGUCCCAAAAACCCAGCAGCAAGGCGGUACUGGUGUUUUGAGAACCUUCCCUUACGGCAGGAAGGUAGUUUCACGGCCCCAGUUCUUAAAAAUGGUUGGUUCAAUACAGGCCAGAGCCAGUGUGGUGUAGUGGUUAAGAGCAGUAGAUUCGUAAUCUGGUGAACCGGGUUCCGUCUCCGCUCCUCCACCUGCAGCUGCUGGGUGACCUUGGGCCAGUCACACUUCUCUGAAGUCUCUCAGCCCCACUCACCUCACAGAGUGUUUGUUGUGGGGAAGGAAGGGAAAGGAGAAUGUUAGCCGCUUUGAGACUCCUUCGGGUAGUGAUAAAGCGGGAUAUCAAAUCCAAACUCUCUCUAGCUGUUGUCGGACUUCUACUCCCAGCAAGCCCCAGCAAGCAUGAUCAAUGGCCAGGGAUGAUGGGAGUUGCAGUCCAACAUCAGAUCCCACCAACCCACUGUCCUUAGAUGGAAGAAGGUAGGAAAUAAACGAAAAGGGGGAAACGUGAGGAUCUGCGGUUAGUAUCCACUCUUGCCAACCAUCAGCAAGGAGGAUGCAGGUGGGCCCAAGCGUUGGGAGUUUGUGGCAUUCUUGGACAGGGACGGGAAUGUCCACAAGUUUAGCCAAGGCCUGCUGCACUCAUGCCUGCUGUCCUAGAAAACGAAAGCAGAAAGUCUCGGGAUGCUGGCUUCUGGCUUCCUGUUUCUGUGCACUGUGGAGCGGUCUCAAAAUUAGGGAAUACCUUCAGCUUCUGCUAAAGUUAAUGAACUGGAGGUGAAAAGCCAGUUCCCCCUCACCCCCAGGAGGAUUAAAAAGAGAGAGAAAUACGCGGCACAGGGUCUCAUCUGCAGCUCUGUUUCUACUGAGGCCUGCAAAUGCAGCAGAAUGAGCUUGGAGUGAGAUGGGUUAACUUCUGAGGUGGUGGAAUGGCCUGUACUACUUUACGCUGCAGGUUGGGGGGGGUGAGAAAUUGUGUUUUUAAUGCUCCCUUAUGUGAAAAGCAGGGACACGGAUGGCGCUGUGGGUUAAACCACAGAGCCUAGGAUUUGCCGAUCAGAAGGUCGGCAGUUCGAAUCCCCGUGACGGGGUGAGCUCCCGUUGCUCGGUCUCAGCUCCUGCCAACCUAGCAGUUCGAAAGCACGUCAAAGUGCAAGUAGAUAAAUAGGUACCACUCCGGUGGGAAGGUAAACGGCAUUUCCGUGCGCUGCUCUGGUUCUCCAGAAGCAGCUUAGUCAUGCUGGCCACAUGACCCAGAAGCUGUUCGCCGGCUCCCUUGGCCAGUAAAGCAAGAUGAGCGCCACAACCCCAGAGUCGGCCACGACUGAACCUAAUGGUCAGGGGUCCCUUUACCUUUUUUUAUGUGAAAAGCACCAAAGCAAGUAGAAAACUAGUACAGUGGUGCUCCUUUUUUAAAAAAUUACUUGCAGGGAAUUUAAUUACCUGCUUGGGGGGGGGGGGGACCUUUCAAAAAAGUGACCCACCACCUGCAGCCUGAAGAGGUACAUUCUACUACCUCAGAAUUCUGCAACCUGCGUCGUAGUAGUAGUAGUAGUAGUAGUAGUAAAUUUAUACCCCUACCAUCUGGCUGGGUUUCCCCAGCCACUCUGGGUGGCUCCCAGCAGAAUAUUAAAAACACGAGAAAACAUCAAACAUUAAAAUCUUCCCAAUACAGGGCUGCCUUUAGAUGUCUUCUAAGAGUCAGAUAGUUGUUUAUUUCCUUGACAUCUGGAGGGAGGGCGUUCCACAGGGCAGGCACCACUACCAAGAAGGCCCUCUGCCUGGUUCCCCAUAACUUCACUUCCUGCAGUGAGGUAACUGCCAGAAGGCCCUCAGAGUUGGACCUCAGUGUCUGGGCUGAACGAUGGGAGUGGAGACGCUCCUUCAGAUAUACUGGAUCGAGGCCGUUUAGGGCUUUAAAGGUCAGCACCAACACUUUGAAUUAUGCUCGGAAACGUACUGGGAGCCAAUGUACGUAGGUUGCAGGUCAAUGGAUUUUUGUUCAGGGCAAGGCAGGGCGGGGAAGACCAGCGUCUUAGCCGCCACGUCUUGCUUGUGCUUUUAGGUCACAUAUAAUGCUUGGACUUUGCACAGGUAGGCAGAACAGGGUAAACAUUUAUCCCACGUUAAGGGGUGGCAGAGGGGACAUUCUGCUCCAUGUUUGGUGGACUACCUUUGACGCCGCUUUCCUCCCUCUCCUCUCCCUCCCCCCCCAGCCUUGAUGCACGCAGUAGUCUUUGGGAACGUGACCGCCAUCAUCCAGCGGAUGUAUGCACGCCGCUUCCUCUACCACAGCCGCACGCGUGACUUGCGCGAUUACAUCCGCAUCCACCGCAUCCCUCCGCCGCUGAAGCAGCGCAUGCUGGAGUACUUCCAGGCCACCUGGAGCGCCAGCAACGGCAUCGAUACUCGUGAGGUGAGGCGGGAAGCCUGGGUGGGGUGUGGGCCUGAACCACGAGGAAGAAGAAGAAGAAGAGUUUGGAUUUGAUAUCCCACCUUUCACUCCCUUUAAGGAGUCUCAAAGCGGCUAACAUUCUCCUUUCCCUUCCUCCCCCACAACAAACACUCUGUGAGGUAAGUGAGGCUGAGAGACUUCAGAGAAAUGUGACUAGCCCAAGGUCACCCAGCAGCUGCAUGUGGAGGAGCGGAGACGCGGACCCGGUUCCCCAGAUUACGAGUCUAUCGCUCUUAACCACUACACCACACUGGCUCUCCCACCCAGAAGCUUUCCCACCCAAGGGGCAGGGGAUUGGGAGGAGACAGGGAGAGCAGCUGGUGAGGAAGUAGAUUAGGGCACCUCAGCAGUGCGCAAGUGCCUCAGGAACGCCGGCAAAGCCUUCUGUUCUGCUGAACGCUUCCUAAAAUCAAAUCCAAGGCUAUACUCCUGGACACCAUGCAGUUCAGGGGAGUGGCAUAGUCCCCUUCACUCUCUGCUUCACAGAGUUGUGAUGAGGAUAAAAUUGGGCAAGGGGCAUGAUGUGCCAUGCUGAACCCUUGGGGUUUUUUCUGGGGGUUGAGAUAUGACAGGAAGAGUGGAAUACAGUGACGUAGCAAUGAAUGCACAGAAAAAGUGAUUUGGCUAUUAAGGGGGCAAGGUAAUAAGAGUAGGCGAGCAUAAACUAAUGGAAAUGUUUGCUCACCCCCAGUCCUUGCUGAAAUCCGCCCUCGUCGUCCUACACACUGUCAGUGCUUUAACCUUAAACCAGGCACCCCUAAACUCAGCCCUCCAGAUGUUUUGGGACUACAAUUCCCAUCAUCCCUGACCACUGGUCCUGUUAGCUAGGGAUGAUGGGAGUUGUAGUCCCAAAACAUCUGGAGGGCUGAGUUUGGGGGUGCCAAACCUUGUAUUCCAUUCAGAAUCUUCCCCUCUGACCAUCUUUCAUUGCAGAACAGCUGCAUCAAUGGUUCCCUAACUUGGGGUGGGGGGGGCUUGGUUCCUUGAGCUCCUCCCCAGCACUCCCUACCCUGUAAACAAAAAAACAACAACCAUUAAUCAGAAGAGCGGUUUGCUCGACCCACUGAGGCUAGCAUAAUAAAAUUCGACACAGAAACAAUUGCGCAUUUAUUCAAAAUCCAGUUAAAAUUAUUUCAUUUAUUCACUUGAUCCAGUGAUGCCGGCUUUUCAAAGUGUUAUACAGUAGUACCUCUAUUAUGUACUUAAUUUGUUCCGGAGAUCCGUUCUUUACCUGAAACUGUUCUUAACCUGAAGCACCACUUUAGCUAAUGGGGCCUCCCACUGCUGCCGUGCUGCCGCUGCAAGAUUUCUGUUCUCAUCCUGAAGCAAAGUUCUUAACCUGAGGUAUUAUUUCUGGGUUAGCGGAGUCUGUAACCUGAAGCGUAUGUAACCCGAGGUACCACUAUAGUCACUUACACCUCCAACGUCUCCCUGCUUCCCCCCUGCUUCUUAGUGCCCCCGUAGGGAAUCCCACUGCCCACUUUGGGAAAAUCACUGAGCUAGAAGGUAGUCCAUUGUAUCAAACUGGCCUAUCAGAGCCUGGUGGGGAGGAGGAAAGGGAAGCACACCUGUGAGACCUUUUCCCAAGGAUGUAAGAUGAGCCCUGCAUCUAGUACAGCAUCCUGUCCUCCCAGUGGUCACCCAGAUGCCAGUGGGAAACCAGCGAGGAGGAUUUGAGCACAAGAGCUCUCUCUCGCUUUCCCGUGGCUUCCAGCAACUGGUAUUCUGGAGCAUCGCUUGGGUGUGGGAAGAGCUGUGUGCACAUGGUGCUAAAACAGAAGGCGGGAGACAUCAAAAUGAGCAGCUGAAUUCUGCGGCUUGUGUAAGACAUUCGUAUCAAGCCAAGCCUGUGUGCUGGGUUUUUGUGUGGUUUUAUUCUGCUGGUCAUGGAGAGGGGAAGAGCAGCAGCAGUGUCCUGGCCAGUGGAAACUGCUUCCGCUACGGUACACGAGGUUUCACAAAACCUUCCCGUAUCUUUUCAAGCAUACGGGCUUGAAACCUGUUUCAAAACAAAACAAGCCAUUGUUCGUCAGGUGCUGUUUGGCGCCCACUGCAAAAUUCCGCACUGUCUCUGAGCUCAGAUAGAAACGUAGCAGAUGCAGGUGGAAUUAAACAGUAUGUUUGUUUAGCCACAUUGCCAUCCCAUCCUUACUCCCAAGGGAUUCAAAGCAAUGUAGAAGGUGUUAUCCUCACGCGUCAUGACGACGUGUACAGUCGUACCUUGGUUGUCGAGCGCCUUACAAAUCAAACGUUUGGGUUCCUGAACACCACAAACCUGGAAGGGAGUGAUUCGGUUUGCAAAUGUUCUUUGGAACCCGAACGCCCGCCGCGGCUUCCGAUUGGCUGCAGGAAGCUCCUGCAGCCCAUCAGAAGCCACACCUUGGCUUUCUAACGUUUUCAGAAGUUGAACGGACUUCUGGAAUGCAUUCCGUUCAAGAACCAAGGUGUGACUGUAUCAGCAAUGGGUUGUGUGACUGGCUGUGGGCCCCACAAUGAGGAACGACGGAGGCUUUCGAUCCAGACUACCCCAGUCCAAAUCUUGCAUCCUAAUCAUGACUUACACUGACUCUCUGCAUUCAGGAAGAAAGAUCUGCUGCUCCUUGUAAAUCUUGGGCUGAAUCACUCUUUCCAAAAGCCUCCUUCCAAAAGCUGGGGUUGAAGGGUAGAGCCAUAGAGGCCAUCCAUUUGGAGGACUUGGGGUGUGUGUGUGUGUGUGUGUGUGUGUGUGAGAGAGAGAGAGAGAGAGAGAGAGAGAGAGAGAGAGAGAGAGAGAGAAAGAAAGAAAGAAAGAAAGAAAGAAAGAAAGAAAGAAAGAAAGAAAGAGAGAGAGAUAGAAAGGAAUGUGUGUGUGUGUGAGAGAGAGAGAGAGAGAGAGAGAGAAAGAGGGAGGGAGGGAAGGAGGAAGGAGGGAGGGAAGGAAGUCGCUAUGGUAAGAGACCACAAACCGUAGAAUCUCCUCUGUAAUUUUCAUUUUGUCCUCCAUUGUGAUGUGGUCUCUACACUUGAAUUUUAUGUACUCGGAUGCCAUUAGUGGCGAUGGAGGGUGUUUGGGCCCAGACUCUCUUCUCUCACCUCCGUCACUUUUGUGAUGUGCUUUUGGGGAAAAGCAAUGGGGAGUGCACCACCAGUCCACGUGUUGAUGAUGGUACCAGUUGUGAUGCUGCCACCGUGACCAUUGUCUCCCUUUCCUCCCUCCAGUUGCUGCAGAGCCUCCCAGAUGAGCUUCGCGCAGACAUCGCUCUCCACUUGCACAAGGAGCUGCUGCAGCUGCCCCUCUUUGAGGGGGCCAGCCGGGGCUGCCGGCGCUCCCUUUCGCUCAGCGUCCGCACGUCGUUCUGCACGCCAGGGGAGUACCUGAUCCGGCACGGGGAUGCCCUUCAGGCCCUCUACCUUGUCUGCUCGGGCUCCAUGGAGGUGCUCAAAGACGGCACUGUGCUCGCCAUCCUAGGUACCGCAACUUCUUUUGUUCCUGCCCCUUCUCUUCCCUCCUAGAAGGGGUGGGAUAUUUGAUGGCAUUUGGGAGGGAGGAACAGGCAGGUAGACUCCUCUGCUUAAGAGCUGCUGCAUGUGGAAAACCAAAGGUUCAGACUAGGGUCUUCUCCUUGACAUGAGAGCAGGCCUUCUCUGCAGUGGCUCCCCAUCUGUGGAAUGCUCUCCCCAGGAAAGUUUGCCUGGCACCUUCAUUGUACACCUUUAGGCACCAGGCAAAAUCAUUCUUUUUUAACUAGGCCUUUAGUUGAUCUGAUUUACCCUUUUAAAAUGUGAGUUUUUUGUGUGUGUUGGGGGGUGGGUGUUGGGUUGCUGUUUUUAUUUUUAUUAGGUAUUUUGUGGUUUUAUAUCUUGAUUUUAUUCUGUGAACUGUCCUGAGACCCCCGGGUAUAGAGCGGUAUAUAAAUUCAAUAAAUAAUAAUAAAGUUUUUAGAUGGAGGGGAAAUUUAAGCAUAUCACUCCGCAACAGCAUCUUGAAGUUUUAUACACCGCCAAGACAACUGGAACAUUUCCACCCCAAAGAUGAAGAUCAGAUUCCCAUUCUGUUCUGUGUCCUCAACUCUUAAGCCCUGCCAAUGCCACUUUCCAGUUUGGGGGUUCCUUUAGCUCCUUUUGAAAACCAGCACCCUGCUUCUCUUGCUAAGGCAGUCCAGGUAGAUGCUGCAGGUUGGCAGACCCAGGUGUGCACCACCACCCUCGCAACAGGGUUCCACAGAACUAGCUCGACGGACCUUUUGAUGCCAAGGGAGAAGGUGCCUCAUUCAAAACUGCGGCUAGUACUAUUUUGCGAGUUGGAUCUCACAAAUUGCCUUUCAUUCUUUCAGGUAAGGGGGACCUAAUCGGUUGCCACAUCUCAUCCAGGGAGGAAGCGGUCCAGGCCAACGCGGACGUGCGGGGCCUCACCUACUGUGACCUGCAGUGCCUGAGCUUGCCUGGCCUUCUCGCCAGCCUGGAGCUCUACCCAGAAUUUGCCAGCAAGUUUCGCCACGAGCUCCCGUGCGAGCUCAGCUACAACCUGGGCGGAGGCAGCAGCUUCCAGGUGAGUGGAAAGAACAGCUGCAACAGGGAGGAAAGCACUGUAAGGAGUAAGCAACAAAUGCCUUUGAAAGGGUCGUGGGUGCACUAAGGCCCUUCAAUGUGACCUGUUUAUUGAGCAUUCGUCCUGAUUUGCUUGCACAAAGGAUUGGAUUGUUUCUGGGUCUUUACUGAGCAUUUGUUCUGAUCUGUGAUAUGACAAUCAUUUAUUCUGAUUUGCUUGUGGGAUGUUUACAUGCCUGCCUUUUAGUCAUUCAUUCAUUCCAUGUUGUUCAAUUCAUUUUCCUGUUGCUUUCAAAACUGCAUAAUGUCCAAUUCUUUUUUUAAAAAAGUAGAUUGGUGACAGAAUCCCCAAAACCACUAUAACUGUGCAAACCUAGUUUUCCAAUAUGCACUUGAACUCUUCCUACAAAACAGUGGCUUUGUGGAGACACCCCUUUGUGACACUGUCAUUAGGCAGAGCUCUUUGUUCUUAUUGCCCUUUCAACUUAACCUAGAAAGCAUUUAUCCAGAUGCAGCCUCAGAUACGACUGGCCAACUCUUCAGCACCCACUCCAGAAACAAUCCAGAGCUAAUAAAUUACUUUCCUAGGAGUCUGAUCGGUGUCUAGGAGGUGAACCCAGAUUGUGUCUGGACCACCCUCCUUGGCAACGUUGGGUCAUCUGGGGAAGGUGGUAACAAUUAGAGAGGCGAGUUCACCUAGUUCCUGCUUGUUUGGACACACCAAGCAGAGCUGGUGCUUUUACCACUUUUAUACUGUUAGCUGAGCUCUCAGCCAUUUCUUCUCUGACCCUGGCACCCCCAAUUUCUGGGGAGAAAUGGGGAUGCAGGGUUGCAUCCAUGGCAUGAGAGCAACGGUAGCAAUAUGAUUGCUGCAUUGCCACGGCCUAGAUAGCAUAAGGAAUUUUCCCACCGCCCCACAAAAGUGUGUCUGCAGGCCACAUACCAGCAGUGGUCAGAGCCAAAGUAUGCCUGCAUACAUGCACAUACACAUCUUACUUGCUUGGAUUCCAGUCUGUGCACUGAGCAAGGGUGUUCCCUUUCUCCACAGCCAGCUUGCUUUGCUUCCAUGCUGUUUAGUAGAAAAGGGGAGCUUUCUCGCCCAGUAGCAGUGGGCUCCCUCUUUCCUGCUCUGCUGAGCUGUACUCUCCACUCCCUGCCGUCUCCCACACAACAUACAUGCACGUAACACACAGAGAGAACUCAUCUGAUUGAAGGUGGCAGCUCAGCAGUGGGGAAACUGUAGCCCCAUUCUGGACCUAACACAAUGGAUGGCCCAGAGCCCAGUCUGGAACUGACCUGAAAGAAGUGGAUGUAGUAAAUGAACCAGGGAUUCUUUCUGGAUAUAGUUGGCAACUGUAGCCUCACUAUGAGGACUCCAAAACUGGUCUUCGUCUAGUCAAAAGAUUAAGAUGGAAGGCUCUGUUCAAAGUGAAGAGGUUUUUAAUAUCCGCAUGUAUGUCAGGUCAGUGGAAAACCCGCAUAAACACUGCAAUGAAUGUCACUCCUGGAUGCAAGAAUUCUGCUGCGUGCAAAUGCAGAGAAAGUCACAAUUGGUUUGGGCUUCUCUUGCACAUGCAUCUCUCUUGUAGAAUCAUCUCAUUGCCUUAUGCUCUAUAGGUCAGUGUCUAAUCAUUUCCCCCUUUUGCAGGGGACAAUUCAGAGAAGGCAGCAGGUUGUAAAUGCGGCAACAGAAAAAGGUUGCAUCUGCUUUUCCUUCCUUUGCAGGCUGAGACCCCAUCGCUGAGCAACAGGGCACCCACCGCGUUGCUUUCCACCUUGGGGAAGGACUCUGAUACUUCGUUCCCUUCACGCCGCAGAACUCCGUGCUUGCCCACAGAGGCUGUGGACGAGCCCUCCAGCCCCUUGCUCCCCUCUUCCGCUGGAGGCCACAGCAAUCACCCGCCACGGCCAGGCUUUCCACGCCACCCACCUCCUGAAACUUCCUCACGUCCCACGGCGUUGCGGCUACAUACAGCUCCCUGCAGUGGCCCCCCAGACCUCAGCCCCAGGUAAGGAGCACGCAAAAACAGACAAGAAGAUGAACAGAGCAGUUGAAUGGAGAACACAGGCAGUGGCGUGGGAUAGCCUAGCUUGUUGUCUAGGCUCUGACAAUCUCUGGGUAAGAUUACUGCAGUGUGUUAUAUGUGGGACUGCCUUUGAAACUGCAGCGGGUGCAGAAUUUAGCAGCCAGAUUGCUGAUCAGGGCAAGAUGGUCUGCAGGUGUAACAGCAAUGUUGGCAUGACUGCAACGCCUACCAAUUAGUCUACAGGCUUAUUUCAAAGUGCUGCUUUUGACCUAUAAAACCCACAGGCAGCUCAGAACCUGCAAGAACCAUCUCUCCCAACAUGAAUCCGGACACUGCAUUCAUAAUCUGACACCCUUCUCAGUGGGCUGUCUCCAAGGGAGUUGCAGAGGGUGAGGACACAAGAACAGGCUUUUUCAGUCGUGGCUUCCAACUUACAGAGUGUCCUCUCCUCGGACGCAUGCAUGGCACCCUUAUUGUAUGCUUUCGAACUGCAGGCAAAAUACUUCUAUUUACCCAGGCCCUUUGGUCUUUAAUAUGGAGGGUAACCAGUUAAAGGACGAGAAUAAAAAGAAAUCACAGGCAUGAAGCGGGGUGGUGGGAGUUGUUUUAGACACAAAGACAGACACACAAUUUAGGUUUUGUUUUAUUGCUGUUCUUAUAUUUGGUUUUAAUGUUCCUUGUUAUUUUUAUCCCUGUUAUUUCUAUUUUUAUCCUGUAAGUUGCUUUGAGACGCUUCAGUGUAAAAUGUGACUGAUACAGUAUAACAGAUGAAUAACGUGCUUCUAUAUACGCCGCUGGAGAGUUCCCAGCAUUUGAGUUCUCACAGAGAGGGGGCAUGGAAGGGUUUUGUCCUGCAGGAAACAUCUGCUGCCCAGAUGUUGCUCUUAGUGCCCAUCUGGCGUACCUGAGCCACCUGCGGCACUGGUCCCCUAAGAACCCGCCCUGCCCCUCUCAAUGUGUUCUGUCCCAUUAUUGGAAUGUAAGCUUAUUGGAGUCUUCUGGUUACUCCGUAGGGACAGGCUUGGGGAUCUGGGGUACAGAAUUCCAUCCUCCUAGGGCUGUAUUUGAGCUGCUCUUUCCCCCCUUCCUAUCUCCCUCUGAAGGGUUGUAGACGGCAUAGAAGACGGAUCCGGUUCCGACAAACCCAUGUUUAGUUUCCGCCUCGGUCAUUCGGGCCCGGACUACAGCAGCCCUUCACCUGGCACAGGUAAACCAUUCUGCAUGGCCUUACAGGGAACAAGGCAUGAUAAUUAGGAAAACGUGGUAGCAGCACACAAGUCAGUGAGCUCCUGUGGGCUUCAUUUCCCCUGCCUUUGCUAAACCAGUCCGCUUCUCUUCUUACAGACAGCGGCCUGCUCACAAUCCCCCCAGAGCUAUCUGGUGCCGACACCAUUGAGAAACUGCGUCAAGCGGUAAGGUUGGUUUUGUUUUUUGUUUUAAAGUGGUUCAUAUAUAGGCCUGGGCAAUGUAUUGAUACAUUGCCCAGGACUGGUAUGAGGGCCAGACCGUGAUGGUGGCUUCACCCGCCAGUAGGGCUUUCAACUAUCACCAGCCAAAUGGCAAUAAACCCUGACGUUGAAAAAAGCUGCAUUGGCCGCAGCCGGCAAGGUGCCUGGGGAAACUGCCACAGCUCUCACAGCGGGAGCUGAGGCGCUUUAACCCAGGCAUCCCCAACCUGCAGCCCUCCAGGUGUUUUGGCCUACAACUCCCAUGAUCCCUAGCUUAACAGGACCAGUGGUCAGGGAUGAUGGAAUUGUAGUUCAAAACAUCUGGAGGGCCGAAGGUUAGGGAUACUUCAGGGCCUUGUGGGCUGCGGCCAAUACAGCUGGGGGAUGGAAGAGCUCCUGCCCCAAGCCCCCCAACGCUUGUAGGGGGUGGGUGAGCUACCUUGCCUGCUUGCCCCCCACUCCCCGAAGACUGACCAAGCGGUGGGAGUCUGUCAGGUCCUGUGCAUUUGACUGCCUUCGCCUGUACGGGUGCACUGCCUCUUUCGUCUGGGGGGAGCGGGUGUCCUUCACCCCAGGAGGAAAGACGCAGCCCACCCUCCCGGUCAAAGUCCACAAGGCGUGGGGUGCAAAGCCACCCUAUCUGCACCUUGCACUGGACCUGCCAGCAGCAUCAACAAGUCCCUACACUGCCUGGCUGCCUUCCACCGGGAGAAUAGGCUCUGUCUUUCUGGGAGGAAAGGCACAGCACACCCACCUUAGCAAAGGCAGCCAGGCGGCAGCUCUGCUUCUACUCAUGUGCAAGCAGGGUCGGGGGUCUCAGCUGGGAAGGGGGAGCACUUUAACGGAGCCCCCUUGCUUGCCGUGGGCUCCGUAAAACUGCUUGGCUGAGGCAAGGGCAGCAGCGUGCUCCUCAGCCAAGCAGUUUAAAGAGGGAGGAACAAGCUGUAUUGGCACCUCGCUGAUACAGCUUGUUUCUCCCUCUACAGGGCAGAGUGCGGUGGUGGUUUCACCAGCGAUAUACUGCUGAGUGAAGCUGUCAUUGCAGUCUCCCCUCCCAUACUGGUCCUGGGCGAUAUUCUUCUUUGGCGAUCACUCGUAGCUCAGUAAGAUUGUCUUCCAUAAUCUCCAUAAUCAUGGUUUUAACAAUGAGUCCGUAAGUGACUUUGGAGGCCAAUUCUGGAUCCACAAGUCCUUCUACAGUGGGGACAUUGGUUUCCAGGCAGGAGUUGAUCACGGUGUGGAUUUGCCAAGCGUGCCUUCCUCUUAGCAUGUUUCUCCCUUUCGUCCUGAGUUUGAGUGUCUUCAAAGCCCAUGACACCUUUGGUAAAGGCUGUUCUCCAACUGGAGCGCUUGUACGCCAGUGUUUCCCAAUUGUUGGUGUUUAUACAGUGGUACCUCAGGUUAAGAACUUAAUUCGUUCCAGAGGUCCGUUCUUAACCUGAAACUGUUCUUAACCUGAUGGGCCUCCCGCUGCCACCGCACGAUUUCUGUUCUCAUCCUGAAGCAAAGUUCUUAACCCGAGGUAAUAUUUCUGGGUUAGUGGAGUGUGAACCUGAAGUGUCUGUAACCCGAGGUACCACUGUACUACAUUUUUAAAAAUUUGCCUUGAGAGAGUCUUUAAACCUUUUGUUGACCACCAGCAUUACGCUUUCCAUUCUUAAGUUCGGAUCUAUUGCCCAGCCUACCCAGUAGUAUAUCACGGGUGAAACAGCAGAUGCUCCUCUGGUGCCAGAGAGACUCAGAAGCAGCUGGCAGGCAGCUUCGUCAAAGCGCUUCUCUCAGUGGAGCAGUUUAACCUGUGGGGGGGGGGGGGGCUUGAUCAUCUGAGAAGCGGGCAGUUUAAGCAAGCCUGCUUAUCAGCUGCUCAAGCCCCCCUCCUCUAGCUGGUACAGUGGCCUCAUUUGCCUUCACAUGGGCAGGCCUCCUGGGAGAAAGAGGUGGCCCGCCCAUGUGAAAAUGGACAGGCUCUGUGUACUUGGCUACUGCCACGUGGCUGCCUUCAGGCAGGAGGGUAGGCUAUGUAUUUCCUCCUGGAAUCAGGAGUUAGGAAACUGUGCGCCCGCUAGGAGAGGUAUGGGCACUGGAGAGAUAUGGGCGCUUCCUCCCUAAGGUGGGGAGGAAGAAGCAGCCAAGAUACACCAAUAUAUCACAAUGUCCGGAAUGUAUCGCAGUAUUUAGCUGCUGAUGUAUCACAAUGUUGAAAACCAGAUACAGUCAUACCUUGGCUCCCGGACGCCGCAAACCCGGAAGUGAGUGUUCCGGUUUGCGAAUGUUCUUUGGAACCCGAAUGUCUGACGGGGCUUCCGAUUGGCUGCAGGAGCUUCCGUUUGACUUCCGAGGUACGACUGUAUGGCCCAAGCCCUACCCCACUUCCAGGUGGCUAUUGCGCCCAAGAGAAGAGUAUAAGCAAACAGAGGCUGCUAAUACUCACCCGGUUUCUCCUUGUCUCGCUUCCCAGGUGGCCGAGCUCUCUGGGCAGGUUCAGCAAAUGCGCGAAGGCCUGCACUCCCUUCGCCAGGCCGUGCAGCUCUUCCUUCUCUCCCAGAUGCCGACGCACUCGCGGGCCGACCCUUCCGCCUACGCGCCCUUUCCUCAUGCAGAUGCUACUCCUGCCACGCCUCUGCUAAGUCCGCUCCGAGUAGACACAGGACUCCCGCCCGCCUUCUGUCCCCACAGCGUCCCACCCGCCCCCUGUCCCAACGGUGCCUGUGGCAGGGUACAGUGGAUGUGGGCACCGCCAGCCGGACAGAGCUCGCCCUGGCCCGGCAUGUACUGGGCACGGGGGCCGGGCAAGGACUCCGAGACGGUGCCCAUGUCGCCGGCGGGGCACGGAUCCAAGGACCAGGGAAGCAACGCGCAGCUGCCAAGCCAGCUCCAAAGAGAGAGCUCCCUUUCCCGAGCUUGCUCCCCCACAGACCCUACGGGCCUCACGGAAACCAAAACUUCCAGGACUCAAGCCUGCGAUUCCUCAAGCCUUGAGAUGGUGCUGAUUGGUACUGGGGAUGAUGGGUCUGUGUGCGGCGCCCCCUGCUGGCCGGAGGAGGAAGGCACGGGCCUGUGAGUCUGCUUUUGGAAACAUUGGGGGGGGGAUGUCUUGCAAUACUGGGUGCUAACUUGCUUGGGGGGGGGGAGAGGAGCCGAAAAGCCCCCAUAUGGCAUUUCAAGAGAGGGCUGCAGCAGCUGUCAACACAGGGACGGGAAGAAAGAACUGGAACGCAAGCGUAUGAAUUCUCUGCAGCAGGCUGGAGCAAAAGCAAGACACAGAAGCUGGACCUAUCCUGCCUGGAUCGGGAAAAUACAUCCAUUUCAAACUCAGAUGCUUGAAAUAUGCAACUAUAUAUAUAUGUACACAGCCACCCCAGUUUUAGCUUCUCUUCUUUCUUCUGGCACUUUGAUUGUUAGCCAUGGGAUGGCGGGGGAGAUAAGAUUGUGAAUCCCGCUGUGCAUGCUGUUCCUCUGGUGGGAGGGCAGAGGACUUUCCUAGCCAUCUGCAGCACUGGGGCUGGGCUAAAGCGGGCACUCGUUUUAUAAAAUAAAGGUACGUUUUGGACUCUGA